AUGGUGAGUUGGAACUUUUUGAGUUCCUCUUUGAAGACGAUCUAAGCAUUACAUACACGUUAGACGCCCAACAAAUACAUCUUUUACAAACCUACCUAAAGUACAAAAGAAGUGAUUUCAGGGCAUCUUACGUACUACAUUUUACGUUAUGAGACUAAUUCCACAUAUCAAAGUAACGAUGUGUAAGCAUUGAUAUUGCGCAAACAGGGUGAUUGGAUGUUUUGCGCUAAGAGUCGACAAGGUCUCAAAACACUUGGCAGCGUUUAACUCCAGUUAGCGCGAGGUCAUUCUUUCUCCAUGUCGGUCUGGACUAUUUUACAAAGUCUGGAAAGAUAAAGUUUUCAGCCGUUAUACUGUCUUCCAGAAAGCAUGGACUAAUGACUGUGGUGUGUUAAUGCGGGCCCACUUUUCUUGCCCGACAAUGCUGUGUUCACGCUCCGAAACUCAUUUUGAGGAGUUCAAUCAACCAUGACUUGAAAGACUGUCUUUUUCCGGCACAAUCUGCAUAGAUGUUUUAGUCUUUAAAAGGACGGAUCACUUUACGUGCUGACGUCGAAGAUCGUCGCUUAUUAGAUCUGCGUUUUGAUAGAGAAAGCAUCCCCGAAGACUUCUACAGAGCAAAAUAAUUUAGACUCAAUAUGUAACCCAGCCUUUAGUCCAAGUGAACAUAUACUUUCUGUAAAAGGAUAUUUGCACCUCUUGCUCAAAAACUGGUGGCGCAUUUGCUACGUUAUUUUGCAAGCCAAUUUUGGGGUCAUUGACACAGAAUUUAGACGCUAUUUUAUUUCAUAUAUUUGGGGUACCAUGGAACUAAUGUCUUCAGACUUUUCCAAAUGACAUUAACUACAUGGAGAUUUAAUAAUUCAAACAUAAAUGAGCUUCCUAAAAUAAAAUCAACAUCGAUAGAGACGAAGAAAACAGAAAUGGCCAUUUGUGUUCCGUUAUUUUAAUUAUUUAGCCAUGCACAAACUCCAGGUUGGGAUAACUUGGGAUUGGAACUCGUGGUCAUUCCGUCAUAGUGGAUGCUUAGAUAGAAGGACAAAAACAUCUUAUGGCAGUUUCAAAACAAUGAACCGCCAUUUUGGAAAUGGCUCAUGAGACCGGACUUGCAUCAUGUUGCAUUUAAAUCAGUUUGUAAGAACUGCUAAAUUAGGCACUUCCCUUAUGAUGCUAGUGGUACCGUUCUUUAGGAAUUUUUAGACAAAAAUUAUCAUUAUCACUCCCGUUAUGCAGGAAACUUCCCCGGUUUCUAGGUUUCGCACAAAUUCGGUAAAUUUACACAAAAUUAUCAUGAAAUUCUAUUUCUCCAGAAGUCGCAGGUUAAGACCAGUUUGUUUUUUCCCGAAGGUACAGCAGGCUUCGAAAGUCAGGAAACAAUCACUGGCGCAUAAUUACUGCAGCAUGGAUGCAGGGUUUUAUUCGGGGGACGUCAUCGCAGAUAGCAGAGUGAGAUGAAUUAUUUUCAUAGGAGAUAUCUGUCAGUGUCGUGUGCUAUCUCAUGGAAUGCCAACCAAAAUUCUAAAAUAUGUUUCCCACUCGAAAAGAUUGGUUAAGUAGGGUUUUAAUACUUAUUAUUUUGCAUCCUAAUCCUAAGGUAUUUCAGUCCCUCCGAUAUGCAGGCAUUUGAACGAGGUUCCUUUCAGCCAUCCCCUAAAAGCUCGCUCUGCACAAAAUGAUUUCUUAAUUCGUAUGAAUUUUUAUUUCACAAAAAACAUGCGCGAACGUAUUCUCUCUUACACUCGCGCGGUAGCAUAUUAGGUCUCCUUUAAAUAUUUUGCUUAAAAAAGGUAUCAUUGUGUUUUUAAAUGUUUCUAAUUAUGAAUUAUUUCAAGGCCGUGAAUUGUCUAUUCAAAAAUCAUAGUAUCUGUACAUUUAUUAACGUUACUUAUAGAGUAUGCAGCAUGGCCCACAUCCAUUGUAGACUUCCAUGAGGGUCAUAUGAAUUCUCCUCUAAUGGCGUAUAUAAUAUAUUAUUUUUUAAACAGAAGAUAGAUAACCUGUAAUUUGGUGCCCUGAAUGCAUGUAUAGCGAAAAGUCGGUUAAAAAUCAUUCGGGAAGAGAAAAAGGUUUUUUAAACCGAAAGAUACUCUCUCUUCAGGAACAUGGUUCACACAAAACGAAGGUUGCCACGUAACGAGUGCAAAAAAGGAUUUUUUGUGUAUGUUUUUUAUAAAAUGUAUUCGAACUUAUAUGGGCAUCAAGAAUCAAGGGAAACAAUAAGUGCCAAUUAAUUAGUCAUCCUUCGCAGCCUUGGUUUGUAGGCGGUUAGGAAGAAGCCCAUUCGAAAGCUGGCAACCUGACAUGACUAAAACAUCUCAGGAUUAUGCUGCGAAAUAAUGAAUAUCAUAACCCUCCUUAUAUAAUCCUUUCGAGCGAAAAAGUUUAGAAUUUCGGUCAAUAUUUCAUGAGUUAACAAAUCUACUAUAGAUUUUUAAGCCCCAAACUCAUGAGAAAACUUCGAAUAUUUCUAAAAACGAGAUCUAGAGAGUUCGAUUGCUCUAGGACCUAGUUACGGUUGAGUUUAGAAGUCUAUUGUCUGGAGAACUGUUUUAAAAUCAAGUCUUAAUAAAUGCAUUUUCUGCCGUUUAUAACAAAAAUUCUAGUUGGGUGUCAAUGAUCAUAAAAGGCAAUUAGGAAAAAUAAAUUGUGCUGUAGGCGAUUCAUUGAUCGAUUUUUCCCUAAAUACUGACCAUUCUUCCAAACGCACUUUAGGGAACGUUGUCCAAGACUAUAUCCCAGAAUUGCUGUUAUUGCGUCCUUGUGUAAUUAUGCAUUGCAAUUUUUUAAUUUUUCUUUGGAUUUGACGAAUGUUUUUUACUGCCUUGUAAGUGAUGUCAAGGCGUCCGAAAAAAUAAAAAACUGUAUCUAAGUUGCAUUGUGUCGCAGGGCUUUUAGCAUUAAUAAUUUACUAAUGGCUCUCCCUAUAGGUCAGUGGAUAGGGAACAUACCAAGAUUAUAUGGUAUUUUAAAUGAAACACUUAUAAUUAAGGAGAAGUGAACAAACCCGUAAUUUAGUGGGGUAAGUUCGUUUAGGAAGUUAGUUCUUUGGGCUCGAGUAUGAACCGAUCUUCUUAGUUUACGUUGAUAGUCUCUCUCACCCCUGCACAUAACUUCUUCGAAAACGUAUUUCUUUUCUGUCGAAAUGUACAUACACAAAUACAACGAUGUUGAAAGUGUCUGAAUGAACACGACUUUCACUGACCGCAACAGCACAAAACGUCUACUUCCGCGUCAAAGGAUUCGGCUGUUUCAGGGACGAAGCAUCCCUCCUUAGGUAAUAACCUCGAGAAAUACGACAUCAUUGUCGAGCCAUACCACGCGCACAGGUUGGAAGGCGCGUGAUUUGAGUGACGAUCUAGUUGGCCUCUUAAUUUAAUGCGUAAUCAUUUGGGUCGAGAGUAGAUACUUGUUGGCUGCGAUAAGGGAAAUUAACCGUCGUCUGUAGUGUCUAAUCUCACGACGAAAUACCUACAUGUCACUUUGCCCUGCGCACCAGCAAAGGCCUACAAAACAACGAGUAUUGAGGCUCUGAUUAGAGUGUAGUCUGUAUACUGCCGGAGCAUAAAACCGAAUAAACGAGUGGAUAAAGGAUGUUUGCUGAUUCCCAAAAACUCCAUUAUAAAGUGUAACGAAGCAAACGCCAGCAGAUGAAUGCAGGUGACUUGGCGCCAGCACAUAUACCCUUGAGUCGGAAAUGCUUACUAGGUAUGCUAUUGGGGAAGCUUCCGUAAGUACAAAUACCUACGUAACCUCUGCAAAAAUUGAAGAAUGCAUGCUCGAAACAACGGCAGGUUCUGACAGAAGGCAGACUUCCAUGGGGACAGAUAGGCAGAGACGGCGAACAUUUGGCGCUUCGAUAUCAUGGAUAUGAGCUAAGACAGAAUUGAAGGACGGUUGAUGAGAAGGCUCACAUCAGAGUUCGUUUCCCGGCAUGAGACCUUUGGGGGAACCCCGUGGGUGCAUACUCCUCGCUGAGCAGAGGCUUCACGAGUACAGCAAUUAACAUGGGAAUGUGCGGGUUAGGAGUGGGUUUCAAAAGACUUUUGGCUCGUCAAUGAACACUGCAAAAUGAUAAGAGUAAUCGCUGAUGGCACUCGAUUUCACAGGGCGUAUCACCGGAAAAAACGAAGGGAUCUUGAUAUAUGCAAGUUUUUUGCACUGACAUUUCUUAAGUUAACAAGCCCUCAUCGCCAAAAGACACGGUAGCACCGCUACCCACAGUAUAUAACGAUAUUUUUGGCGGCGCCGCUCAACUGCCGGUCAUUCAGGUGGCUAUGCAUUUGUUCAACCCUCGGCAUUUAUCGCUGAUCAGAGGUGGAGGUUAGAGCUGCCAUUGUCCGCUGUACAACUGCAUUGACGUUGCUGCGAUCGCCAAAUUCCGCUGGUUACCAGAAGAAACUGCCCUCAGUGCAUUCCUCGCACUAGCCCAAACUUUCGCUGCUUCUGACGGCGAUUUCCUGACCUAUGCGAUUCUUUGUAAGAUCGAGGCCGUUGAGGUGGCACCAGAUACAUAUAAGAUGACAAACAGUGAAGGGGUGUUCAAUAGGAGAGGUUUGUUUAGGGUCUGAGGUUUCAAAAUAUUGGUUCCGACUACCCAUCUUCAGAGAUUAAAGAGUUGUGUGAACAACUUUCACUAGAUGGCGCACUUUUUUGCGAUGCGAGGGUCGCCGAUGCCAACUGUCGGGCAGAGUCAGAUCUCAUUUGCACCGUAACUUGAUGACUUAGCGUUGUCUCUUGCAGUAGAAAAUAUUCACAGUUAGGCUGGUGGCCAUCAUGGUCUACUAGGUUUAUACUAUAACCAAAUAUACCGAGAGAAGGACUAUAAUUGGGCAGUUCAGGGACGUUUGGCGUCGUCUGUUCCCAUAUCGCUUCAUUCAGCGAGGGACCUCUUCCAGAUUUCUUGAGAGGUGCAUCUUCUCAAUCAGAUUAAGCAUGUUUUGAUGGCGUGUAUUUUAAGAAUGGGUGAUAUAAUCCCAAAACACAAACCACUGACAGACCCAGCAUUAGACUAGGCCAGCUUGCUUUUUUUCCGUCUUGGUUAAGUGUGUUAGGCUAGUUUAUAACAGUUAUGUAGUACCCUUUAAUACACAAAGUUCUGCUGUUUCGGUAAUGUCUAGAUAAGUGGACGGAUGUAUAGACAUCGGCACAAAUAAAAUGCUAGUUAAAGGGAGUGACGCAGGGUCCGUCAGGGCUGGCCCUUUUCGAAUUUACAUAACAGCAGCCAGUCUUUAAGGGGAUUUCGAUCCAAGGAUUUAAACGGUCAGCAGCAGUUCUGCAUUACCUAACUGACCAGAAGCAACAACAUACAGUAGAUGUGCUAAGUCAUGAAAUGUCAACCAAAAUUUCGAAAUGCGUUCUCGUUUCGAAAAGAUAAAUUAAGUAGUGUUGUAAAACUAAUCAUGAUGCAGCAUAAAUCAGUAAUGAUCCAGUUACCUCAGGGUAUCGGCUUUCGAAAGAACUUAUUUUCGGCUGCACGCAAGAUCUAUACUCUGCAAAAAAAUGACUAAUUAAGUAUCAUGCAAUUUUCUUAUUGAUUUUCGAUGCCCUUGAAAAUCCAACUAUAUUUCAUGGAAAACAUACAUAAAAAUAUUCAUUCUUUUAAUUAUUCGGUAGAAAAUCACGUCUUAUUCCAAUUUCAUACUCAAAAGAAGAGUAUAAUUCGGUUUUAAAAAGUUUCUUAUUGUGAGAUUUUUUAAUACCGUUAAAUGGCCGUUUAUGAAACGUCAUGUAUCUGCAUUUACGAAUGUGGUCUGUAAAGUUAACAAUAUCGCUCAUAUCCACUGCUUAAUUUUAUGAACCUCAUAUGUUCUCCUCCUAACACCGUAGAGAAAUGCAUGGUUUUCCAUAGACGGAAAAUAUACAGCAUGUAGUUUUGAAACCCUGAAUGCACGUGUAACAGCAGGUCGGGUUCAAAAUUAUUCGGGGAUAAGAAAAGUCUUUUAAAACCGAAUUAUACUCUUUUUGAGUAUGAAAUUGGAAGAAUGCGUGAUUUUCUAUCGAAUAAGUAAAAGAAUGAGUAUUUUUAUGCAUGUUUUCCAUGAAAUAUAGUUGGAUUUUCAAGGGCAUCGAAAAUCAAUAAGAAAAUUGCAUGCUACUUAAUUAGUCAUUUUUUGCAGAGUAUAGAUCUUGCGUGCAGCCGAAAAUAAGUUCUUUCGAAAGCCGACACCCUGAGGUAACUGGAUCAUUACUGAUUUAUGCUGCAUCAUGAUUAGUUUUGCAACACUACUUAAUUUAUCUUUUCGAAACGAGAACGCAUUUCGAAAUUUUGGUUGACAUUUCAUGACUUAGCACAUCUACUGUAUGCUUCUCGUGGCAGCCGAGGGAAGUGACUGUUUGUCGCUAUGAAAAGGGCCGCAAACAACUGGGCUGUUAUGCUACCACUUACCUCUAUGCUAUUAAUGGGACAUCUUUAAAGUUUGUGUUUAAACUUAUCUGUAACUAUUUCUAUCGCCAUGUUAACUCCUGUCAAAUCAUUGCAUCUUUAUCGUACGUAACUCAGAGUGGGUCAGUGCCGCCAAAGGUAGUUGAUUCAGUCGUUAAAGACCGUACGAUAAAAUAGAGAAAUCUCAUUAUACCGUGGUAGAGGCGCAUUCACGCCCUCUGUAGACUCAUAUUCUAGAUAAAAUGCUUGCGCGAGCGCGAACAAUUGCGGACGGUGGUCAAGAUAUGGGGGGGGGGGGUGAUGAGUAAAUAAGUGUGGCUGAGAGGGAUGUUCGAGGGUCUCGUUUGCCUUUCUGGGCCAAUUUCCGUUAUGCGGUUGGUCAUUUUUCGAAAUGGUAGGUGUCCUUCUGUUCAUUACCUCUGAUCCGGAGAACGGAGGCAGUUUGCUCUGAGCGGUGCGCGCUCACUGCAAUGUGACGAUGAUGUAGGUGUCUUCGUAGUUAUGUCCACAUACUUGGCUGGAGUUUAGACGGAGUGUGCACUGUAUUUUUGCAACGUACUCAGGUCAGGACUGGCGGAAGCGGUUGCACUAAGAUUAUCAAUGGAUAGUCAAAAUAGGCGGACCGACAGAGACUGAGGACUGGAGUUAAUCUUUCCCGUUUAUGUGCAGUCGAUGGGCGUUCGCAUCCGUAUCGCAGUUCUGGAAGACUCGAGGUUUUAAUUCACUUGAUCGUUUCGAGCAUAAACUAGGCUUAGGUCUGUCAGCUCUGCUCCUACGCAGUGGGACUUGCUUAACGUGCAAGUGAUAUCUGGUGUCAUGUUCAAGGGAUAAUGCUGAUCCUCCGUUCACCCCAAACCAAUGAACUCUAAAUCUACCCGCGGUCUUCCCAGUCUAGUGUUUAAGCGCCCUCGACAGAUAACAGUAAAUAUGCCCCAAGUGUCUUUGUCGUACACUCUACUUCAUCAUCAUGAAUUUAAAAUAAAUUUCAUGCAAAGAACUAUUUUGGAUUUCCACCCAUACCAAAACUCUUUUUUCUUUGCAGGUUUUCCGAGAGGAUUUAAGGGGCAUUCAAACCAGUCUCAAUAUCCUUGUUGACGAGAUCCAACAGUUUGAGAGGCAACUAAGAACAGCCAUCGCAUCCAAAGGUACUGAUAACAUCUCACGUCAUUUACUUCCUUUCGGUUUUUUCAAUGAUUACGGGAGUGAUGUGUGCCCUCGCAAUAGGUGACGUUGAUUGCUUCUCUGGCCACUCUGUGCCGACAUACGUUGCUAAAGCUUAUACUCAUCAGUCUAGGCUGGGUUCUCUGUGGCACGGAUACCACUGAAAUAUCGCCCUCCUCGGCAUGUGUUGCGUGUCAUUUUGUGAUAUAAGUAUGUCGUCGGGCAUUCGGGGAUGGAAUUCACCGACCCGCCCGGGUUUCAGGAUAUGACGUUCAGGAUUUCAUCUAGUCAUAGAGCUCGAGGUCUUUGCCGGUAAUGCCAUAGAGUGUCAGCAAUCCACUUGCCAUAACCGAUGCCGAGAAGACCCGUCUUUGUCAGCGCUGAUCAGACUGAUAGCCAUACACAAGCGAAAGAAGACCAGGUGAUGAAAGCGUACAGCUCAGAAGGACUCUCGCUUAGUCUUUUAAUGCUGAUCGUAAUCAAAAAUACUUGCUCAAAAAUAAUAGGAUGUUAUCGGCUGCUUAAUUUAGAUUGUUUGACUGACAUUUAAUAUGUAAAUCUGCUUCAUUUCCUUCUAUGCCUCACUUUCACCUGCUAUCGCGCGAGCUGCAUUAACAGUCACAGCUGUCACCACGCAUACUUCUAUUUGAGAGGAGCUGAUACUAACAUCUUUGAAGUUUGGGAUGAUCAGAGGUUGACCUACACUUCAAAAGAAUACUUGGGUGUUACUGAUUGAGGUUAUUAUUGAUUUUAUAUAACAAAAUGUUUGAAAGAUGUUGACUAUCUUAGUUCGUUAAGUUAGUGUAUUCUAGCAGUCAUCGAGUUCAGUGAAUUGGGCAAACUUUGAUAGUAAAUUUAACAGUAAUAAGUUUUCGGCUACGAGAUUUUCUCCAUACCAAAACGAACCGAAUUUUCCUAGCGACCCCUUCAAAGGCGAAAAUUACGCAAAACUUUGUCACCAUGGGCCCGCUAUUUUCGAGGGUUUGCGGUACCGAUGUGCGGGAUCAUAAUCACAAAGGCAUGCGCCAUCUAAUGGUAACUUCUGUGGAGAAGCUCUCUGGUCAUUUACUCCGAUUUUCGCAAAGAUUUAUGCGCAAACGAAGAACAUAUAUUUUUUAUUCUGUUUUAUAUGUUCAUAUACGGUCAAAAAGUUAAUCGAAUCUUCAUUUAUUAUAAUACGAAAUGAGGCCAGCGUUAAGCAAAAUAGCUAAAAGUGGAAGACUAUGGAAGGAACGUCAAUCUUUUGACUGCUGGGUUCCAUUUUUGUGGCCUAUCUGCUUUAGCAUCUGCCGAGUUAACGUUUGCUCGCAUUUUCGUUUUAACUUCAGCACUGCACGGAGUCCAGGAUGCCUUGCCAAGGCCGCAUGUACACGUAUGGAGUCCUGUCUGUAGAACAUGCAUGCGACACAGCUGGGUGCCUAAAAACUACGUAAAAGGGCUCAAUAUUAGCAGAUAUAUAUAACAAGGGAACAGUUUCCUUAUCCUGAACAUCAACUAUUCACAAGGCCAUUAAGACUAUAAAUAUGUGAUUAUCUACAAACCUGAUCAGAGAAAUGAUUCCUUCGUCAGUGGUCUUCUGAAUACGCUCCUUGUUGUAUAAAACCUUUCAAAAUCAUUUGGGAGCAUCUGUGCCGCCAGGCAGUUAUCGUUCUGCGAAACGGACUGCCACAUGGGACUGGAGCAAAUUCAAAUUAGCGAUUAGCAUGUUAUUGUGCAGGAUGUGACCCAUCAAUUCUGAAAGCUAUUCAAUUUAAGCUACUUUGAAAUUUAAAUUCGUGUUUGUGCUGGUGUCGCAACCUGCACUGUCCGCAUUUGGACUUCAGCAGCAAGGUUUCCUUUGUAACAAAUUGCCCUGCCAAUCGUGUUUUAAGCCCGUCCGGUUGUUAACAACUUCCCUCUGCUAAUAUAGCGUUCAGGAGCAAGAUGCUCCUUAGUAAGUAUGAUUUCUGGGAUGUGUGGCACAAGAGCUCAAAGCUGACAGCUGAGUUGUGGAACUAUAUGCUACUUAAGCACGUCCUCCAUUAAAGGCAAGACCUAGGCGCAGUGGCCAAAAAAGGGUAAGCAGCCCGCCCACAACGGUAACACACCACCCAUUGCCCACUCCAUACGGCAGUCAGUGAGGUCUCGAAUCUCACCUGCGUGAGAAUGGCAUAAACGCCAUGGUAAGAAGGAGACAUACAGUUUCGCUCUUUAUUCUGAGCGAGACCGAUAGAUUAUAUUGGUUUAUAGCUCUCCGAGCCACGAUCAUUAACGUACCUUAAAAAAUUCACUAACGUCAAAUUUAUUAUAACGGUUUGUCUCGAGGGUGGAUUCCUCAGUAUCGGCCUUAAUCUCCACUUCAUAUCCUACGCACCAUCGAAUAUUCCGAGUCAAGUCGACUGCGAAUAGAAUUGGACGCAGUGGACGAAAAAACUAGAUGGUCCGUCUGCGCGUACUACACACGACUUGGUCACCCCUUGUCAAGCUAAAUCAGAGGGCAUAUUUUCUACGUAAAUGACAUGUCCAUGGCGUUAGAUGCCUCGUUCCACAUGCCAUGGCGGCGCUGGCAAGCUACGCCGCAUGCGUCCUGUCAGAGUGAUGCGAGUGAGGCGUGUACAGAAGAACGGUGCGGUCGUUCCAGAUGGAGUACUGUAGCAUUCUGAAGGCCUGAAUAACAAAUUCGUCGUUGAUCCUGAGGUUUCGUGAAAUUGUGCACUCCAGGUACGCAAACUUCUCCGUUGAUGUGAAGUGAGUUCCACUGGCAUUGAUCGGGGAUUCGAUGUGGUCAGAAUUUGGAGCCCGGUGGUGCAGAAUCGCUCUAUUCUCCGCGCGGGCUGCCAGCUGGAGACGAGGGAGUUCGCACUCCACUGCACGUCUCCUGUCGGUGUGGUAUUUAGCAUAUAGUCAUUCGCAUGUAUGUCGUGGACACUGACCUCGGAAACUCCCAGCUGUCUGCAUGCAACGGUUGCUGGGCAGUUGUCCGUCGGUUGGGUUGACGACGUCGACGGCUGGCCGCUCCUUACGGUGGACCUCCAUUGACAUUGCGACGAACAUGACGCUGAAGGGCGUGGAUCGAGUGCUGAGCCCUGCUUCACUCCAUUAGUCGCUGUCCCAUUCUUUGUGACGUGCACCGUCAUCCCAUCACAUAGUCAUCCUCCCAUCCGCGUCAAUCACUCUGGACAUAUGACUUUCAUUAUGAUUUACCAGCGUCCAACCCGGGUCAUUGCGUCAAGGGCUCACUUCAGCUCCAUAUAAUUGGUGUAGAGAGUUACGCAUACUUCCUGACAUGUUUAUUGCAUUUGGCGGACCGCGAAGUCCCCUUUUCAGAUUUAUGACCAUGCGUUUGAGUUGGGCUUGGACAAAAACUUUAUCAGAAAGGUUGGGGAGGCAGGUGCCUCUUCGGUUAUCUCAGAGUUGUUUGUUCCCCGUGUUGGGAUAUGUAAACGAUAGUUACAUUGUUGAGCUUCUCGGGAUUUAUUCCAAAAACUACAUCUUCCGGGAUAGUAAAGCACGUUUGUCAAUCAAUGAAGGGCUGCCUUAUUUGUAACUUCCGCAUGGGGUUGCGUCGGGCUAUUGCACCGUCUUCAUGAACAUUCAACGGAAGACUGGCAACCAGUCUCCUCUUCUUCUAACCAUUAACGACAAUCGCACGCCAUGUGCAUGUCCACAUGAUCAUGUAGAUGGGUUUGUUUGCUAUAAAGGUCUUCCUUUUGUGUGCGCUAAACCGAUUUUAUUAUUGCAUUCCACACAGUGGAUGCGCCAGCUCAUGAAAUGUUGACCGAAAUUCUGAAAGGAGUUCUCGACGCAGAAGGAUUACUUGAAUAGGGUUGUAAUAUUUAUUGCCGUGCAGUAUAAUUCCGUAAUAAUUCAUUUACUUUGAGAUACCGGCUCUUAGACGAACUUCUUUCCCACCUACCUGCAAGAACUACACUUUGUAAAAAAGGACUACUUAAGUAGCAUACAUUUUUCUCAUUGAUUUUCGAUGUCCUUGUAAAUCCAUAUAUUUCACAGAAAACAUGGAUAAAAAUAUUCAUUCUUUUACUCAUUUGGUAGAAAAUCGCGUCUUCUUAAAAUUUUAUAUUUAAACGAAGUGUAUAAUUUGGUUUUAAAAAGCUCUCAAUUCCCGUAUAGUUUUGAACACUUUCAUUCAGGGUUUCUGAACUACAAGCUGUAUACGUUCCGUGUGCGGGAAAUCAUACGUUUAAUACGGUAUUAAGGGGGACCAUAUAUGUUUAAUAAGAUUUAAAGGCGGAUUUGAGUCAUACUGUAAACUGUACAGGUCACAUUAGUAAAUGCAGAGGCACGACGUUUUAUGAAUGGGCAUUUCACGGUCUUCAAAAAUUCCAUAAUUAGAAACUUUUUAAAACCCAAUUAUACCCCUUCUUUAAGUGAAAAAUUUAAAGAAGACGUAGUUCUCUACCAAAUGAGUAAAAUGAGUAUUUUUAUACGUGCUUUUAUGAAGUAUAUUUAAAUUUGUAAGGGCAUCGAAAAUCAAGGAGAAAAAUUCAUACUACAUAAGUGGGCAUUUUUUCGCAGUAUAAUUUUUGCAGGUGGCCGAAAAUAAGUUCGUAUAAAAUCCUCAUCCCGCAGUAACUGAAUUAUCAUGGGAUUAUGCUGCACGGUGAUUAAUAUUACAAACCCACUUAAAUAAUUUUUUGAGUCGAAAACGCAUUUUAGAAGUUGGCAGAUCUACGGUAUAUGCGUUCUUUGGAACCACCGUGCCUGUACAUUAGAAGUCUUAUAGUGUACUGUAGUAGUCCGUUUACCUUUUUGCCAGCCUUGGAAUACAACAAAGCCAAAUAAUCAGAACUCCAGAAAGCACUGCAGCAUUUAAUUCGACCAUUUGGUCCUACUCGCAAGAUCUAUAAGGUUAAAGUACUAAACAAAUCAAGUUUUGACUCGCAGCGAAAUAACUCUUGCCAACCAAGAUCUCAAAUACGACAUCCAUUCAAAUGCCAGUUAGCUUCUUUACCAACCGAAAUCACUUAAGUCUUCUAUGUUUCUAACUCCUUACCCCUGUCAACUUAAGAUUUUGAUAACACAAGUCUAACCUACUUUGUGUAUUCUUUAGAGAGAACUGUCUCGCAAAAUGCGGCCUAGCCCUUCAUGUGCGUGGUGUAUUAUCUUAGGCUAUGUAAUCAUCUGAAAUGAUUAUGUAAAUCCCGAAUUGCCUUGAGUUGUAGCCAAUAUGUUGCAGUUAAGAAAGCACUUUAAUGUCCCAUGUUUGUGGUUCACAAAUGUGCUGAUCUGUACAUUGAACCUCCGGGUUAUUUGGGAUUUUUGGAACGUUUGUUCAACGUCUUUACCGAUUUAUGUGUUGCAUGCAAAUUACUGACACGCCGCGUUUCUUGGAAGUCCUAUUUUCCUGAAGCCACCGAAUUUUAUAAUGUAACGAUGUGCAGUUGUUUCAAUCCAGACCGAAUUUAGAUCACUGAUUCCCCUUCUCUUGUUUUGUUGUGUUAAUCUCAACCACUUAUCUGGCUAAUUUGGAAACUGCUAACUCAUGUUUUCGUCUGGACUAGUUAGAAGACUGUGCGCCAACUAUUUCACCUCCAUCAAAUGCAUUCGUGUUCGUUAUCGGCAACGAGGUUAUUUCCAACGCUGUGUGACACUGAAACGCCACUGAGUCAUGGAGCAUAAAAAAGACAUCACCCACUAAGGUACUCUGACAAUCGACAGGCUUGCGGUGAACUUAUUGGAUAAAAAUAAUGUGGUAAGGAGGCAAGGCGCUUUACUAAACGUUUCUGCCUAACUUUCAAAAGGAUUCAGCAGUCCUGCACACGCCGGUUUGGCAUGAAUGUAGACUCCUAGGGCGCAGUAAUUAAUGUUUUGGUGCCGGCGGCCAGUAUUUUAUCUAGAAUAGCAUUACCCACUAAGACAAGGGGGACUGAAAUGACCGUUUCAGGCUUGUUGGCCGUCGCCAGACAGCCAACUCGCCAGGCUCUUACUCGUGACCUGUUGGUUAGAUGUAUAAUGCCCUAACCACUGGGCCAUGGGCUCGUUAUAUCGUCGUCUGAGAUUGAGUGCACUGAAAAUGGUAGAGGGACCUGCGGAGAGGGAGAGAAAGAGAGAGAGACAGAACGCUAAGGCACAACGGGACGAGUAAUUUCGGUAACGCGAUCGGUGCGCGCCUCUCUACCAGUAUUCUGUUCGCCUGAUACAUCGCAAACAGAGAAUGAUAUUUUACGAGAGUUGGCAUUUAUGGCACCUCAUCCGCUCCAAAAUACGCCCCAGACCUAUAUGAAUAGGUACCUGCGCCGAAAGUGUACACGUUGCGAUUAGGUACUAAACGAAAAUCAAGGACUUCAAUACCUUAACUCCUACCAGAAACGUCUCGGUAGUCAACGAGCGCAUGCUAAAACUAGCCGAUGUUUUUCUCUGUCGUCAGAAUCUAGCCCCGCUCUGCCGCCAAAUCUUGUCGCCCAAGGACCGGUUGUUGCCCAGACUCAUACUAACAGUUUUCUCCCCAUUAAUUGACGAAACUUCCGGCCCAUUAUCGUAGCAUGAUUUACGAAACAUAGACAAGAAGAUGGGACCCGCAUGCACUGUCAGUGAGACAAGUAGGUCUGCAUUCGCAGGUUCUCAUUAAAGGACUUGAAACUGGUCACUGGUCUCUUUCCCACAGGGCUUAGCUAUUUGGUUCGACUGAUGGCAAAAAGUUUGAGGUAUUACUUGAGCUUUUCCCUUUGAAGCUAGCUUCUCGGAAUCUAACUAUCCAGCUAACUGUCCUCACCUUGACAAUUAUAGAUAUACGGGGGGAAUAAGCAGAAUGUUCUUUAGAAGACCGGCAUUCUUCUCAUCCAUUAUCUCUGAUAACGGGUCUGAGUAUCCAGUGUCCCCCUCCCCAAGGAGCGAACCCUUAUCUCUCAUAAGUAUGUCAGUUGUCGCAAAGUGCGUCCUCGCAAUUUGCCAUAAAUACUGCAGAGGGGCAUAUACUGGUACAGCAGAAUUAAUUUUAUGGCUGAUUUAAGCGUAUUUGCCCUUCCUAAACUUUGUCUGUGUGUUCUGAUGUUUUGGUGGCGUUGGCCUAAGAAAGCUCAUUUAUAAUGUCCCACUUAAUUGGCUGAUGUGCCGUGGUUGACAAAAUUAGCACUUUGAUUUAUCUGAACAUGUUCUCCCAGUGCAUUUUAAAUACCCAUUUGUUUAGGUUUUUUCAAAGCAUUGAUAUUUUAGCCGAUUUUGAAUAAUUCAUAUUGACCCAACUGUGAAAAACUCAGCGCCUAGGUGGGAUUCGAACCCACGCACUUACUGUAUCAGAUUUGGUGGAUUCCAGACGUUGCAGUAGGUUGGGCGGGUAACUUGACCCAAAUGUGAUUAAACUCGCGUCGUCCAGCGGGGCCUCGUAGCUCAGGUGGUUAGAGCGCUGGCUGCGCUAAAGCCUUCCCCUUACUGCGUGGGUUCGAAUCCCACUGACGCGCCGAGUUUUUCACAGUUGGGUCAAUAUGAAUUUUUCCAAAGCAGUUACUUGGGAAAUUUCGGCUUAUCUGAUUCAGAAAAUAUCAUGACAGUAUCUGAUUAGCCUUUGAGAGGAAAGAAUGUUCUAAUAGGUCAGAGGGCGGGCAGCUUUCGAGUUAAGGUUCCUCUGAUACUGAAUAUUAAUAAUCGUAGAUAAAACUAUUAAUAGCUAUUGCGUUAACAAACAAAUUAACGCUGCUUAUAGCUGCUAAAAACACGAACUACAUUUUUAGAAUACCACGAAAUUACCCUAAGUGUGCUACCCUAAAAUACACGGUUUCGACAGCUUAUCAUCGUUUUCUGUGACUCGCGCAUGACACGCCGUUUUGAUGUCUUCAUGGAAUGGAAAUACCUAACAUUCUUUUGGAAGUAGAGAUUAAUAGCGGCGCUGGCGCCUGCCGUUGGCUUUCUAAUAACUUGAGACAGGACGACCCGAGCAGAGAGCUUGAAUUGUUCACAAAACAAAUUUUCACAACAUCUGGCAUAGAGUUUGGAGGCGAGUUUUAUUGCAAAACAGUUAAGCCAUACUACGUACUACUACUAGUUUUUGUGCUAGAAGCUCAGCGAGAAGACUGACGAUUGAUAAGUCGUCUUAACGUACCAGGUUGUCUAGCAAACAGCAUAAUUCAUGAACCACUGUUACUCGCACAUUUCAACCUGCUCACUUCCUUGAUAACAACUGCAUCUUACGAUUUAAAACGUUUAUUCGUUCAGUGGUCACUAGCACUUCAGCUUACAACGUCCGCAUAAAAACGUGGUAAGGAGAAAUUUGUCAUACUUUGGAGCGGUAAGUUGGUUGCUCCUUGCAAACUUACCGAGCCAGACCAUUGCACAGAAUUCUCGAGUACACAAGGGCCUGUGUUUCUUUCCUUCUCUAUUCAUUAACAGUACUUCUUUUGAAGACUACAGUGGACUAACAAUUGAUAAGCAUUUCUACCAGAUUUCGUAGCAGUUGAAAGAUCUUUCAUCUAUUAUUUGGCUAAUUUGCAGCCUCCAUGCUCUUCUUACUGCUAUUUCAGCUGUUUUUCCUAACAUCCACAUUUAAAAUUUUGUUAUUAAUGAUGAUUCAUCAGUUCCCUCGUGCUUCGCUAAAGUUGGCUCAGUAAGCGUCUCCCCAUCCUCCAGUUUUGUAAUUUUGUGAGCUUGUCUUAAUGGCUGGUAUAAUUUCAGUGACAUUAAGUACUAUCAUUUGUUUUUAUAUUAUUUACGGUUCAGGUUUAUCAGAGGCUCCAUCACAAAUAAUUCACACCCUCGACUGUCUCCCUGAGUAAGGGACUGUUCAUCAAGCCGUCUUACUGUUUUCCUAUGUUCAAUUUGUAUCUUAUUUGUCUUUUUUGACCAAAACUGCCUUUAUAUGACGACAGUUUGACCGUCACGAACGACGAUGUCCGCCGUGUGCCCCACGGGGUGAUGUGCGCAAAAAAGCGACUUCCGCGUAAAUUAUUUCGUAGUACGGCCGACUUGCGCAGCAUCUCCCGCACUCACACCUCUCUCACUAACAUAGGGCCCAAUUGGUAAGACACAGGAACACAGGCGGUGGGAUCGGGCGUAGGAGCUGGUAAGGCAAAAUAUCCUUCCCACGCGUGCCACGCGAGACUACAUCCCUACCCGCCUGCUGUGCGCUGGCAGUUCUCUGGCACCUGAUUCACUGCCGGUGCAUGCGUUUGCGGCCCCGCCGGGUAUACAGGCCGUGUGCAUGGUCGCCCAGUGACUUGCGCCAUCCUACUCUUUCUAACCUGGCUUAGAAGGCUGCCAAUUGACGGUAAACUUGGACCUCGCAGUCGGCGCAGUAUAUGUGUUUAUGUGAAGCGGUGGACUAGUGAUCUGAGCGUCAGGCUACAAUGACUCCUUCCGAGCAGUCCUCCCCUUUUCUUUUUUGAUGUAUAAAAUCCUGGUCAGUAUGUGCUGUUGACCAGGGAGUGGAGUGGUCCGCCUAGCUGCGGGUCCGGCUAUGCCAGCCACCUACACACUCCACACGCUUCCGGUCUUCUUGACUAUCUCCUGAUACCGCAUUCAUGUGAGGGAGGAGAGAGUGCGGUAGAUGUUGCGCUACUCUAUUACCAUUAUAAACUUAUUCACGCGCAAGUCACCGUGCCUGUUCUCAGUGUGUCGUGGAGCGCACGGUGGACGUCGUCGGUAACGACGGUCAGAAUGCAUCAAGCUUUAACAGGGCGGCUCGGAUCUGACAUGUGUAGAAGUGCCAUGAGGGCCACGCUCAGGAGGAACCACUGAGCUUGACGCUCAAUCCGCGAACUGGUUAACCUCAUCAUCAUCAGAUCGUUCGUAAAUGCCAUCGCAACUGCCUAGGGAUAAAUGGAAAGAAUUAGACGGCAUUUAGAGAUAUUAAUUACUCGUCUUCGAGAACUUAAGUCCUGACGCUACGGCUGCUGUUUAGCCCGUCAUGUAAGAUGACUAAAAAUUUCACUUACCAAGCUGUACCUCGAAGUGUCAGAAAGAGACACAUCCUGAGCUGAAUAUCCUACGAAACUUCAGUGGAUAGUUACACCGUGAUAGGAUGGAUCCAGCGGGUUUUAUAAGACAAACAGGUUUUCGGUUUUGCUAGGGUCUUGUUAAGCUCAGAAAUUAGGCUUUUUAAUCAAUUAGCAAUUGGUAGGACUGCUGAUCAGCGAGUAGACUCUGAAUUUUUGUGAUAUCUCUCACACCUGGAAGGCGGCUAUCAUAAGCCGGGGUUUCUACAGUGUCAGACGAUACAUUUGAGAUCUAUUUUCCAGAUGUCAGUCCAAUUUCACCGGCACGCCUAUCUUAUAAGGUUUCAAAAUACUGGCUUCAUGAGAGAUAGGGUAUUAGACUUAGGAAGCUCGGUUUAGAUCAUGAUCAGCUUAGCAGGAUCAGCAUCUAUGUCUGCUGCACGUUGGCUGAUAAUCUUUUGACCCGACGAGUGGGCUCUCAGGUCACCGGGACGAACAAAAAUCGCACAUGAUCAUUUAACUUCUGCCUAGAUGACUAUUGAUUGUUCAGCCAAUAAUCUACUACAGCUGUCACACGAAUGAGGCAUCGACGGCCAAUUAUGACGGGAUAGAUUUAAAUAGCUGGUCGGGACUACAGGCAGUCAACUCAAAACUUCGGUUUAAUUUAUGUUUAAUAUCUAUAUCUAGUGCAGUUUUUGAGGGUAGACUUCCAUCUGGUCUAUUUGAAAUGGAAAAUUAUCCAACUAUGCUUUCUCCCUCUUCAACUGAUAUAGUCGUUUUUGGCCGCACCAAAGCGCAAAGUUUAAUGUUAUAGAAGACCAAAUUUUAAGAUUAACGAAGGCAUUUUAGAAACGUCGAUAUCUUCUUACCUAGGUGAGCAUACUCUGGCUGUAGGUCCAGGAUUAUACUGGCUGACGGAUGAAUUAUACUCUCGCUGAUACUUGACAUGUUUCAGUAAAACAGAUAUCUUUUCUGUGAGCAUUUUUCGAUAAGCGUGGCUGAUUGAUCGUCUAGAAAGCAAACGCACGUUUUCUGUCUCAUUUGGUGAUUUAGUAGUAUUUGGGUGAGUCUGUGCCGUAGAUUGACAGGGGAAAAACUCUCAAGUCAGUCUCUAUCCAGCAUCGUGCUCGCUGAUGGCUGAGCAUCUUUCUACCGACCCAUGCAAAUUAAUUUUAUGUAAUUCAACCUAAUCCAGAAGUGCAUCUACUCCGUUUUACAAGUUGAAUUACUUAUUACUGGAAUAAGAGCGAAAACCAGUCAUGUCUCGCGCAUAUGUCAUUGGAAAUCACGCCUUCCCAAACUUAUCAAUUAUAGGAAGAGUGCAAUUCGGUUUUUACAAAGGCUUUCGUUUUGAAGAUUUUGGGGACGUCCGUUUGAAUAUGAAUGUAUAGGCUCUGAAGUGCUGCUUACUAAAUAUGCGACGAAAUCCAGGCUUAUAUCAAUACUGAAUGAGUACCGAGCAGCCUUUUUGUGUGUAUAUGCAGAGUUAGAUUAGUUUGCCUCAAGAAAGAUCAUGGAAGAUAGCGUGAGGACCCUAAAUAAGUGAAAGCCUUGUCUUUUCAAACUACCAGUAUACGUUUUCUAAAGUAGCAAAUGUUCCUUGCUUCUAGUUAAACUAUUUCAGCACGAUCUAAUUUUUCAGAUAAUGGGAAGAGAGAAAAUCAGUUUUUGGCUUAUUUUAAAAAAAAUUGACUAAACUAGUACAGCCACCGGAAGUCGAUAAAAACACUGCGCAAUACUUAGGCAAUGAGCAGAUGGCGAGAAUGAUUCACAAGCGAGCUGGCCCUUGUGCAGGAGUGGGCUUGAUCGAAGUUCCCUUUUUAAUUAGUCGUGCGGCUUUUCUUAAGUAAUAGGUAGCAAAAGGCGAAUUAAAAUGGAGAUUUCAUAUGAUGCAACCAAGCGCAACAACCGUACAUUACGUCGGAAUUACUGUUUUGCCCCCAGUACAGGCUUCUAUUAGUAACAGUACGUGGUUGCGGAGUCGCGAUUAUGUCAUGACAUUUAACCGUACAUCACGUCGAAUUAAUUUACCAUUGCGUCUAUAAAAAUUUGUUCUGUUUCACAAACAGGUUUGGAACGAGAUUGAUUCUGUUUCAGGAGAUUUUGUGCGAUAAUGCAUAGAAAGCUAUCCCGUCACCGUGCCCCAUUCCGCCAAGGUCCUCAUGACUCAUGAAUACUUUCGAAAAUUCAUAGGAUAGGCGGCAUUGGCGUCAAUGAUUUCAAAGUUUAAAAAUUCAUCCGCAAACGGGGUUGCGUCUCCCUGAAAUAGGUCGGACUACUUAUUAGUCAUGUGGGCGGUUUUUCUUGCCUUUGAAUGUCAAAGAAGGAUUAGUUCAGAUAAUGCAUGUUGAAUGCUCAGAUUUGUCUUAAUUAAUUCUCUGCCUAGACACCAGACACCGCGCAAACGCACAGCCACCGAGUACCAGCGCCGUUGUGAACCAUGUGAAGAACAUUCGUAAGGGCAUCAACCUCAUGGCCGAACUCCAUAAUCAUCUACCCGAUCCGAAGAUUGUUAGUCUUGGCAACUGCUUCCUCGAGUCCAUGGCGUGGCUCGAGCGUAUAGCUGCUGGCCAACAAUUUCCACACAUUCACGACCGACUCGUAAAGUCUGUCUGGUUGCCCACAUUCACGGAUCAGUCGGUUCAGUUCUUACAAAACUACUUGGAUGAAAAGAACAAGAUCUUCUUGAAAUCCCUUGGACCGGCUUGGAAUGAGGAAGGGUAGGUGAACUCUUUCUUCAUACUUAGAUCAAUUUCAAGAAGAAAUACGGCUUGUCUGCCCCUUCUGAUCCAAAACUUGAAAGUCGGCUUAGAUAAGCAUCAUUUUAAGCCGAAAGCAAGCGUACACAGUCAUUUGUUAAUUAUGUCACGAUCGAGGCAGACAUACUUGCUUUCCCAGUAAACGCUGGUGGAACUUGACGCAUAGUAAUUUCUCAAUCAACUGGCUGGCAACCCGGCCUAUUGUUUUCGAAGGAAAAGCAGCUUUAGCUUUCGACACUCGAAGACUUUCGGCUAAAUACCAAGUACGGGGAAAGUGGACGGUCAACAGCAAUGGUAUAUCCUAACUAUUUUAUGCUUCAGCAGGGAUGAAAGUGAAAGAAGCCGUCAACGCUGUGGGGAAUAUGGAUCGAUAGUUUACAGUCUUUAAUUUGCGAUCAGAGAGUUACCACAAGCUUUAGAGAGAUGUGAAUAAGCGGCUAAAGCACACGAGUCCUCCCAUUAUAAUCCUACAGGCCGCAACGAUAAAACAAUCACCAGUCAUUAGACGAUGCGGAACAUCUUAGGUAGUUGUGCACCCUUCCCUCGUCUGACAACAUCCAGCGAAUUUAAAAACUAAUUUGACAGUUUGCAAAGUGCUAUUAACUCACUUGCAGCAAGGUAAUGAUAUAUAUGUUUACAUAUACAUGUCAACGGCGCCAGCUGACGGAAAAAAUGGGAUACAGCCGAUAUACAACAUAUGUGACAUGACAGCAGGACAGGCUGUAAGGGGAACGGGCAUCGUUAGGAGUCAAGGGAAGAGGAAAACGCGAUGGCUAGAACAAGAGUUUUGGUCGUUUGCUAUUCGGGGUUCACACUUGAGUCCAUCAUCAGAGAUAGAAUCCAAUAAGGGUUUUGUUUGCAUAAUGGCUGCAAUAUUUACAGGGAGCAUUUGCUAUACUACCACAUACCUGUUAAAACUGGUGGCUUCUGCAUUCUUCCCAAAUGGCUUUACCUUUUGUUGUUGUUGUUGUUGUUAAUGGCCACAAUUUCAUCGCUUAUGCCAAUAAUUGGUGUGAUAAUGGCUCGGGAAUUUGAUACAUUGAGUGGGAACGGUGCUCGAUCGCAUGCCGCCCGUGUGAAUAAUUACUCUGCUCAAUGAAAUCCUCAGUACAAAAUAUGGAGGCGGCAGGUCGUCACGCUUGUGAAUCGACUCCAGGUCAGAAAUCCAUGACUCAAGAAGCUUGCGGCUUAUGCGACUAUCGCAUCUCGCUAGAGUUUCGACCCACUAAACUUGACUGUGUGAUUAGAUUCAGCCAAAUGAGCCGCGACUUGGGAGUUUGCAUGAUUCCUCCUCACUGGGGCCGCUGUGCGCUCAAUCACGCGUAUCCAGAGUAGUCUUCCAGUUUAUCCGACACAUUUGCUCUGCCCAGAACUGCAUCAGAUUCAGGAUACGAGUCCAAAUAUUUCCUGCCGUUGCAGAGGGUUUUAGUUCUCGCAACACGGCGCCCGACAGUUGUCCCCCGUUUGUGUGCAAAAUGAGGGCAGGAGGGACCCAAACUUGAAGUACGUCCUUAGCGAUUUUAACUCCGGAUAAUUAGGCCAGCCUAUUUCAUAAUAUAAAUUGUUUAGUUGUGUGUCUGGGUCGAAAGAUCGGAAUAAGUCGUCGGGUGGUUAGACUGUGCUAGGAUGCAACUAAGUGACAAAAUAUUAGGGAAGGCCAAAACUGAUGAGCGGGGACUCUCAGGAGCUCUUAAGUGCUUUCGAAAUCCUUUCUUUGUCAGUUUUACGAAUUCAUCGAGCCCUCCAGACUACAGUUAUUAAUGUGGACUUUCUCAUAAGCGAAGAAGAAGACCGUAGAGCACUGCAACAUUGUAUUAUUGUUCUGAACUUUAGAACUCGUGCAGGAGCCCAUCGUCAUAGAUAGUAGCAGCAACGGAGCAGGCAACAGCUAUCGGGCGUUUAAGCCAAUCAUCGAUCUACGGCGCAAAACUAAGGGUGACUGCGUAGGGCUCUGUACGUCGACGCCAGAUCGAUAAAUCGAUUGACUGAGUUCUCAUCCGGGGCCCAGGCCUCAAUCGAUUCUCGGCCUGUUUUGUUUCCGGUGUGGGCGACUAUUUUGGUGGCUGCGAAGUUAGGCUCAUAACUUCGUUUCGUAGGUGUGAGCGGCUAUUGUUAAUAAUGCGUCACUGCGUCGCACAGCCAGCUUAUGUUCGUGUAUGCGCGAUCCGAACAUGCGUCCAGUCUGACCUGUGUAGUUACAAGGGCAGUUUUGGCACGGGAUGCGAUGUACUCCCUCGAUUCAAUGCUCUGCUAAAAAUACUUAAAAUGUCUCACUCCGACCAACUGUUGCCCUAAAAGGCAGCCCCACCUAUAAUUUGACAAUGUGGAUGUACUCAAAAUUUAAGUUCCUCCAAGGCAAUUCGAUUACCUCAGUUGGAUCAGUCUCUAAAUUCUUCACAGACCGAGAUAGGAGGACGCAAUCGGACGAAAUCAUGGUCCCCUUUGAAGUGACGUUAUUCACAUCCAUCCCACCAAACUUGGCCCUCGAAGUCUUGCGCAAGAGACUUAAAGAGGCGUACGACGAGACUCAGAAUCUGAGGAAAAUGAAUUGCUCACCGGAUGGGGGGACUUUUCUGGUCGACGUUUCGAACAGCUGGGGCUGCUCUCCAUUGUCAUAGAGUCAAGUGAAAAAAUCGAUCAAAAUUUGUGAAUAGCCUGCCGGAUUAGUUGGCCUUGGGCUGAUCGAUUUUUUUAUUCUUUCGUCCAUCGUCAGAGAUAGUAGCAGCAACAGAACUAGCGACAGUUAUCGGGCGUUUAAGCCAAUCAUCGACCGACGGCGCAACACUGAAGGUGACUGCGUAGAGCUCAGAAUUUUUGAAUAGAUUGCCGGAUUAGUUGGCCUUGGGCUGAUCGAUUUUUUUCUUCUUUCGCUAUCUUGGACUGCUGGCCGUCACCUGUGAGUUUUGGUGGCCUCCUGUAUUACGUGCCGUCUCCUCAAUUGCGUUUAGUUGCGUUUGCGUUCCCCUUUUGUGUGAAGUGGUCGACAGGCCGUGUUUGCUCGAUAUUCUUAGGUUCCGUAUGGCUGUCUUGUCUUCGUCACGGUGUAUGUAGUGACGUAGGACUUUGUAGGCCUAAGGAAGGUCUAGAUGCCUGUUGAUGGAGUUUACAUCUGAGUACAAAGCCUCAAGUGUGAGACGCUCAGUCCUUGAGGUGCCCCUGUCUAAAACAGCUGCUCCUUGAAAAUCAAAACUGUGACCAAUUUCCCCGAUGUGAGCCGCAAGCUGUGAAUUUGGGUCUAAUCUCCAAGUUGCCAGUUUUUGCUCGUGUAGGCGGGUCUGCAAUUUCCGUCCGGUUUCCCCAACGUAGUUGCAAUCUCCAUCCUUACAACGUAUUUGAUAAACAACUGCUGAGGCUUCAGUGGGUGACAGUAUGUCGUUGGGUUGCAUCAAACGGCGACGAAUUGUUGCACCCAAAAUUGGACACCUCAUGAGGCAGUUUGAAUUCUGCCAACAAACUUUUUUCACUUUUGCUAGAGAGACCUAUGAACAGACCGAGGGAACUCCAAUGGGCUCACCGAUCUCCGGUUCAGUGAAAGAGCUGGCGUUACAGGAAUUAGAAAAGAUUGCCUUCAUCUAACAUGAGCCAAUAUUUUUGCGCCGUUAUGUAGACGACACGUUUAUAAUCACGAAGAAGGACGUGGUACAACAUUUUCACAACCUACUCAACGCAGUCCUCCCUAAUAUAAAAUUCACGAAUGAAGAAGGACAGGAACAGCAAUUGCCCUCCCAGGAUGUGCUCGUAAGACGGAACCUUAACGGUGAACUCGAAACGACGGUUUAUAGGAAGGCAUAGAACACCGGACAACUUCUCAGUUUUCACAGCAACCUUCGGUGGCUCACAAACAAAGCUGUGUGAAGACGCUCUUCAAACGAAUGCAUAUUCAUUGCCGCAAACCGGAGGAAAUAGCACGUGAGGCUCGUUAUCUCUGUGACCAGUUUGUGGAAAAUGGCUAUCCAAAUGCAUAGAUUAGUCGCUGCCUACGCAGUCGCCCCCAAGAGGACCGAACAUCAAACAUCGCGCAUGCAUGAACAUAAGUUGGCUGUGCGACGAGGUAAAGCAUUAUCACAAGUAGCCGCUUACGCCUACGAAGGAGUUAUGAGUCUAACUUCGCAGCCACCAAAAUAGUUGCCCACACCGGAAACACAACAGGCCGAGAAUCGAUUGAGGCCUGGGAACCGGAUGAGGACUCAGUCAAUCGAUUUAUCGAUCUGGCGUCGGCGUACAGAGCCCUACGCAGUCACCUUCAGUCUUGCGCCCUAUAACUGUCGCUUGUUCUGUUGCUGCUAUUAUUUCUGACGAUGAGCUCCUGCGCGAGUUUGAAAGUGCAGAACAAUAAUUAAAUGUCCCGAUGCUCGACCCCUCUUAUUCUUCACUCAUGCAUACACCUAGAACUCGAACUUCCGUCGUCGCUUAUGAACUUUCUCUUGCGAAAUAUGACCGAACGAUGAUUUCGUCCAUGGCCAUGUGGGUAAAAUUAAACCAGUGAGUCCACUUCUAAAACUGGGCGCUAAAAAUUGCAGACAAAAUCCUAAAAAUCGUCAUUAUUAUGAAUAAGUGGAGAAUGUGAAACAGAACAGUUAUGACUUUUUCAUAUAGGUCGAACUGUAGACAUUAUGGACGCUACAUCAGACUUGAGGAGGCAUGGAAAAUGUUUUGAUAAAGUACGAGUUGGGCCGCCUACUUCUGGAUUUUCCAGUGGCUGCUCUAUCCCUCUGCUGCGCGAUUAACUGUCAUUCCCUUCUUCCUGAUCAACAAAGUAAACCUAUUGUACCAUGAACUACGUUUUUUCUGAUGCCGCCGAUCGCAAAUCUUGCACGAAAAUUAUUCGAUGGAUACCUGAUAGAGUCCGAGACUGGAAUAGACUGAUGCAAUAUUAACUUCUAUUUCCUGCAGUAUGUGGCUUCCACCAUUAGCAAGUUGGACUGAUUGACGCUCCUUCGCUUCCGUCCGCAUGAGCAUGUCGGCCCAACAGUCCAACUUUUUCUAAGCUUCAGUACUAAGAUGAAAUGCGUUUUGCUAAGUCUGUUAGCCAAACCUGGCUCGACAUUAUUGAAUGCAGUUAGUUUGAGUGGGAAAUCGGCGAUGGCAUGAGAUGCGCAUUGUCACUUUAUUGUCCAAAACAGAAGACGUAAACCACAUAGAUUUCAAGGUGACUUUGCUGAUAAAACCGGCUGUUACCAUUACUGUUAUGCGUUUUUAUGCAAUCAUCAUCACCAUUAUCGUCGUCCUCGCCAUUACCAUCAUCACCAUCGUCGUCAUCAUCAUCCAAAAGGGACUGCAAGUUCUUAACGGAACGGUAUAUGACUACGAGGGUACUCUCACAUUUAUUGUCUUUGGAAAUGAAAUUCCUUACUACGAUUAAGUCUUAUUUCUAUUUAGUUUCCAAGCAGAAACGACCUCCUUGGACCCGCGACAACUCUCCGCGUUCUCUUACGUAAGUACAAUUAAGGGUUUGAAAAAUCUUUCGUUUAAAAAUAAAAACCUACUCAUGUUCUGCCACCUUAUCAAUGCUUAAUCGUGUUAUUGGUCGCAUGCGGCUUUCGCGGAAGUGGUUAACCUAACAGGAACUCUGACUGACCGGGAUGAAAACGGGUAACUUUCGUUCCUCAGUGAAUAGUUCUCAGGUCACACGACUAAUGUUUAUACGGUAACUUCGAUGGAAUGUGUAUGGGUCUAGUUCACCAGGACACCCUGCACACUCGGAACUCCUCUCUCGAAAGAGCGGUUUGUAAAGUUAAAACCAGUGUCAGAACUUUCUAACUUACGGUUCCGAAAAAACCCUCGAUUCAGCGGAAAGACUUAUUAAAAAGCUGCAAGGUAUUCGGUUCACAGAUGACAAAAUGAUGUACUUUUCGACGUGAUAACACUUUUAAUCUCCAUCCUACAACAUCGCGCGGUUGAAACCAUGCAAACCUUGCUUGGAGAACGAUCGAAUUGUACAACUCGAUUUUUCUCCGAAGGACGUCUUCUUUUUUGAUUAUGUCGUCUCGGAAUGUAUACCGCCUCUACUCUACAACACAUAUAUAUGAUGAAGACAGAAGGCUCGUCGGAAUAAAUCGAGUUGUACUCGUGAAUUUUCGGGCUGGUGACACCAACCCGUCGUCAGACGAAAUAAACAGAGGAGAAAGUGAAAUACACACUACUUCAGUUUUUCAAUAUAUACAUAUAUCAAGCGAAUAAUUUCAGGAAGUAUUCAGUGCAGGGCAUGGAGUUAAGUCUCCGGUACAUGAGUUUCUAGUGUCAGAUCCGAAAUUUCAAUUAACAUUCGAGUCGAAGUCGGUCAAUUACUGUGGAAUAACCAUGUCCAUUCUACAAAUAGGUAAUACUACAAGUAGUGUGAAAUGUAUAUAGCGAACUUAUUAUACCGUACUCCCGACAUAGGUACUAACUAAAAGCCCAGACAAGUGUUUCGCCGAUAUUUUGCCGCUACGUGACCCUAAAAAGUCAUCUCCCGGAGACUUAACUCCGUGUCCUGCAUUGAAUAAUUUCUAAAAUUAUUCGUUUGAUUCUGCUCUGUAGUCCAUGUGUCAGAAACCGCAUAGGGGACGCCGGGAAACCCACCGAGGAGCCGAACACCUCGCAGCUGUGUCACGCUUGGGAUCAAGUUUUAGGGUUAGGGUUUGCGUUUUGAGGUUACGGUUUUAGGGUUAGGGUUAGGUUUUAUGGUUAAGGUUAGCUUUAGGUUUAAGGGUUAAGAUUAGGGUUACGGUUUGGGGUUUGGGUUAGGAUUUUUGGUUAGGUUUAUGGCUUUAGGGUUAGGUUUUAGGGUUAAAUUUUAGGGUCACUUUUAGGGUUAGGUUUAAGGAUUAAGCUUAGUGUUUAGGGUUAACGUAAGGGUUAGAAUUUAGGGAUAAGGCCAGGCCUGGGGUUUAGGGUCAGGUUUAGGAUUUUUGGGUUAGGUCUUAGGGUCAAGGUUAGGGUUGUGUUUUAGAGUUAGAUUUUAGGGUUGUUGUUUUGGUUAGGGUUUUACGCUUACAGGUAGGGUUUUAGUAUUAGGCUAGCUUCCCCAUUCUGGGCUAUGAACUGCGAUCUGGCCCAGAUUUAUUUACAUUUUUCACUUAUUAAGUACAAAUCCCGACUAUUUUUGCAGGUCACAUGGGAUAUAGAUAUUCUUUUACAGAUAAUCAUUGGUAUUCAUAUUUUUGUCACUAGCAAAUAGUAGAAUUUGUUUCUUAGUAUCUUCCAAAGGUAAAGCCCUUCACUAACUUAAUUCGCAGAAGACGCGAAUUCUUUAUUCGUUGUCCGGUACUGCACUGCAUUCAAAGUAGGCGUGAGGUCAUUACGACUGCGGCUGGAAUUUUGUAAGAUCAGUAUGCCCUCACUAUCGCUGCAUAUUACCCUGUUUUCUGAUAGAAACCCCGAAAUGUUGUGCUAUACAAUUGGCUCCACCGAAUUUCUGACCGUGAUUGGUUCAAGAAGCAUGUUUUCAAUAAAAGCAGGAGCAAACCGACAAAAUAUAUAAAUCUAUGAGAUAAUUCAUUUAAACUAACAGUUAGGUGGCCCAUUUGUGGCCUCCUUAAAGUGCAACUUUCCGUUAUCGUGAUGGCACGUUUCAGCGCUUCGUCAAGUCCUGAAUAUCAGAAAACCUGUUAACCGGGACUACGCAAAUAACGCACUUUCAAAUAAUACACUCUCCUUCGGAGCUCCGUAUUCAGCAAGAUGUUUUAACAUUUUAGAAGUGUUCCGAUUCGUCGUCGGAUGAAGACGAACCUGAAGGUUAGUUAAAUUUUCUUAAAAGAAGAUAAUAUGUAGAGUUAUGUUGCGGUACUAAAAUCGCUUAUGGUAUGCAGCAUCAAACAAUUAAAACGGUUCUUCUAACUCAUUCGCUACCAUCAUUAGCCGGUCUCGACAUGAUUCCGAAUUUUGGUCAAACUAAGUCAUAAAUCAAAUAAACUUGCCGGUAGGUAUUUUUUUCUUGGAAAAUGCACAUGGUGGAUAGUACUAGGCCGCAUCAGUAAGACAAGAAGGCUUCUUUAACCUCGAAGUGCAGAGACUGCAUGCGUAGUUUCCGGUUGACGGAACUACCACGACUGCCGUUUCAUUCGAUUGCGACGGAUCUGUCCUUAGGCAACCUGUUUGAAAGGGCUGCAAUAAAUGAGAAAGAAUGAAAUCCAAUUUGGACUAAUAUCUGUAUGAUGGCAGUUGAAACGAAGUGGUACUGAGUGCUGCUGAUCAUCAUUUAGUAGCGUAAGUUCAGUGAUGAAUUUAAGGUCUGCCCCCACAAUUCCACAUAAAAGACACCUAAGGCAAUGCUUGUCUACUACUUUUUUUCUCCCAGCAGCUGAAAAAUGUCUCGAUGUGUAAAGCGCCAAACACCAUCAUAGAACGAAAACGCACCAUAGGGAGUCCUAGUGUAAGCUGUGAGCGAACUUGGAACGUCUACGCUCAUGUCUAUUAAUUUUGUAGCGAGACAUCGGAUGAUCACAAAAGCUCUCUUCAUUUAAUAUCACAGGCUUCGUCUCUGCUGAAGUUAAAGAUCUCCAAAAACUUAUCUUAGCGAAUCUUGUACGGGGAAGAACUAGGUGGAAGUAAAAGCAAAAAGUAUUAUGGAGUCGAGAAGCUCACCCGAAACGCGGAAAAUUUUUUUCGUCAGCGGAGAAACAUAUUCUAUGCAGUGAGAAGUAAAGUGUAAACAGCUGUCGUGGGUUUCACGGGUAAAGUAGAUGGAAUCGUUAUUGUCAUGUACAGGUUUUCUCCUAACUACUCAAAACAAGCCAGAUGUGACUGAGGAACACUGAAGUCUGAAAAAGUGGCUGUUUUGGAGAUUAUGCAUGCUCUCUUUAGUCCGCCUAUCCCUAACCCACAUUUUCGACUGAAAACAAGCUGUUGCGCUUGAACAUACGGCUUACAUGGUCUACAAGUGUGGUCAGAUCAGUGGGUGAACAAAACCGCCAGGGGUUUUAUUAAUCGUCGGUCACCCUCUGAAAUCAUUUGUUUGAUCGCUUUUUGAACAAGUGGAUGGACUCCUCUGUGCAGCCUCUAUCACCGGAGGAUAAAGGCGGUUUGCUGAGAUGUCCACUAGACUGAUGAGCAUCCUUUUCAGUAUGAGUAUGUGAAACUGUGUGUGGCCUACAAUUGGUAUUAUCUGGGGCGUGCCAGAGACCAUACCUUUGUGACUUCUGUGUUUAUCGACUGCAACAGGUCGGACGUAAGGAAGAUGUGCGGAAAUAUUUGUGAUUAGAGCACCUAUAAUCUGGAAAGUGUUCAUUUGCCUUCAUUCUGAGUUUGGAUGCACCGUGUUUAUAUUAGGUCUUCUUAUCCAAUUUAGUCCCCGAAAAACCUUCAGUUAAAAGAGUUGAUACAAUCAGCCUGUCAGCCAUUGAAGCCAAUGACACCCAAAGCAGGUCAGUUCCGUGUUAUUUUGUUUAAUAAAUGUUUGAUGCGUAUCUGCUGGCACAGACAGUACUUGUUUAGGGUCUAAAACUUUGGCAUUCAGUCAGUAGCCGGCUUGCUUCGUAGAUCUCUCCCUUCAUUAAAAUGAAAUUAACCUGUCUUCAGUAAUUAUUUUUUCCCUAAAUGGUAUCAGAAUUUUCUGUUCAGACAAGUCAACCGGUAGUUGAACUAUCAAAAAGCCUAACCCUAACGAUGGUUAAUACACUAUAUGUACUUAGCGAUAUAUAAUAACGAAAGGAACGCAGGUAAGGAAUUCCACAAGGAAGGCUAGUGCUAAGGUAAUUUCACUCAAGAAUCGUAAAAUCGACCAUAAAGUUAGGAAGUAUACAUCACGAAAAUACUGUCUUUUUCUAAUUUCUUCGUCUUGGCAAUUCCAACUGUCAAGUUGUCCUUUCGACUCAGAUUUACCACACGGGUGCGCUGGGGAUAAACUUAGAAUGUCUUCACGGGUAGAACACUUCACCAACAACUUGGGGACAUUCUAUUUUUUCAAACAUCGUCAGUGUACAUCUAAUCUGUUUACUGGCUCCUGUGCAAAAGACAUAGCAGGUCAAACGCUAGGGUACUUUUUAAAUGGACGAAUGAGCAUUGCCAAGACUACUCUUAGUCUAGACACAGUCAGUUCUGUGUCCAGACCCUCCCCAGCUGAAUCUAUUGGGUACUAGCCAACAAAUCAACGCCGGAGAGGUUUUCCUUCCACUUUACAGGGUUCCACCGAAAUUAACUAACAUGCUAAGUGAGCGGAUAUGCUUGAAACGGUAGGGACAGUAGAUAUCUGUCUGGACAAUUCUAUCUUCUGACUUUUGUAACAUUAUUAAAAGUACUUUAAGUGGUGCACAGCAUGACCGCCUACUAUAUGCCAGAAUCGACCUGGUAGACAGCGCGGCAUCACAAGCGAUUACUCAGGUUCCCCCCACACCUGUCCUUCCCAAUGUGCGGACAUCGACUCCCUCCUCUUGCUAUCAUGCUAUCCGCAAUAAAAAGAAUAUCACUUCUCUUUUUACACCAAUUGCUAGGCGUCGUUAGCGAAAUCGACCAGAUGUGGCUCGAACUUGGGUAAUCUGGUCGAUCAGAAAACCGUCCAUACACUGAGCUUCCUGCUUUCCCGCGACAGCUGGGUAUCCGGAGAGAUUCUUUUACAAAAUAAUGCAUGUAGAAUUUUUAAGGGACUUAUUGUCUUUGCUGGAACGUGUUUUUGCCUAUACUGAUUUAUCUAAAUGUUUGCAGGCUUUUGCAGAACUGAGAAGAUAACGUGCUCAUUUUUAUGAUGAGCGGAACUUACAUAACCCUUUUGCAUUGAAAAUGAUGCUAUUAAUUGGGUAAUUAUAAGUCUAUCAGUCAUCUUUUUAUGAAAACAUGUAUAGGUUCGACUUACUCACAAGCUUUUGAUUACAUACAUUGAGACAUCAACUGUUGUACGUGCGUGCCACCAUUAAUUUAUGACGGUUUGGGAUGGCCGAUCACCGAUCGCUUUAAAAUAAAGCGAACUCUACAGAUAUAUUUUUGAGAGGCACAAUGCAGGUAUUUUAGUGUUUGUAUGAGAAGCCUUUCACAAGCGGUUGCAUUCUCCUUAGUUGGACGCUUCCGUGGAAGAAUUAUUUGAUUCUGGAUUUACUUGGCGUUUUAGUAGCACAAACCGCACAACCCCGCGGAACAGCAGGCGCGGCCCAGAAUCCUUAGUAAGCCGUGUGGUAAGAAACUUCUGCAUACAUAUAUCAUCUUUGCUAGCUAAAGAAAGUCUUCUUUAUGAAAAGUGGAAGGAAGGAACCACUGCUGUUUCCAUAGUUAGCUCGCAUGAUAAUCGAAUUUCAAUCUAAUGAGCUGUCUUCGUUACCAUCUUUCGCGUUGGCUUUCAUGACAGCUUGUCUGCUUACAGCCCAGCAGAUUUUAUGCGUCGGCGAACUUAUUUCCUAUUUUUCACAAUUCGGUUAAAACUUUUGCGCCACUUUCUCCCGUUAGAAAAAUGAAGUCUGAACCAACAUGGUUUUACUAAUUGCGUUCACGUGUUUCGUACAUAAGCCUUAAUCAAGAUAGGCCGUUGUAGAUUGUUAUUCCUCUCAUAAUUUAAUACCCUAGAAUCUUGUUAGCCUUUAGGAUUGUAUAACGGUAUGAUCUGAAGGACAACAAAUAACUUCAUCACAGAAAGCACGACCGCGAGGUAGAAAGGUGCAAAAUGAGCUAAUUACUAGUGUUAGUAGGUUGGUCAAAUGCACCGCGAUGACAACAAAUGCACAGAAUCCUAAUGUGGCCUGCAAACCUCUGUUGUGAGAAUAGCUCGACCCUCAGGCCCUUGUCCCCUAAGCAAGUGGCAAGCUUCGCGAGGUUUUCACCAUCUUGGCUGCGUUCACUCGACUGGUAAAGAUGCAAAUGUGAUGUUUUCCUAACUCUCCGUUAUCUGCCUUUUUCAAUACACGGGGUCAAAGUAAUCAUCUUUGCAACCAAAGAGGGAAACAGAGUUUCCACCUGUACUUGUUUGAGCUGACUGACUUAUUUCAACUUCCAUGGAAGUUCACCUACAGAGUCUUAGAAGCUGAGGCGCCGACGGUUAAACAUGCAGAAUUUGAUGGCGUCAUGAGUCAGGCAAUCCUACGUUUAAUUGCAGGCGGUCAUUGUCCCUUAAUGAACUAUCUAGAACAAACAGAUGUAAUAGAUACACAAACCGCUCAUUUUGCUCGCGUUCGCCAAACCUGUGUUACGACCGCUUUGUUUAAGUUAUAACCGCAUCGGUUGAGAACUUAAUCUGACCAAAAUAAAAUGUCAUUAAUCCAACCAAUGGACAAACUCCAGCUGUUUGUUUAUUUUGAGAAGGGAAUGUCGCACUGGCACUCUCUUCUAACCCUUAAAAAGAUUUAUCUACUCUCGAAGAUUCUGUUCCGUCUUUUCCACUCGUCAGACAUGUUCUGUUCUUCCAUUUUUUUCAGUCUGGUCAGGGCGCAGCCGUUACUGGUAAGUAUUCCUCCCCCUUAAGCCUUCAACUUGAUCACUGGCGCAACUCUCAACAAUCGUAGAAUUUUGGCAUGGUAUUUGGCUUAUCGCGAUUUACUGAUAUACGCAUGCCAGCAUAAAUCCUGAAAAGACAUUCUUACUAGACAACCGUAUAGUAUAAAUUAGGCCGGAACGAACUUAUUGUGAACUAUUGCAACAGGGCGCUCACCUAUGACCAACCAUCAGCUUAAAUAUUCAAUCAUUUUUUCGGAAUUCACACCUGGGGUAGCAAGAGAGAGCCAGGGAAUGUGUUUUGUUCUGGGGUACUCAGUUAGUUUGGCAAAGACAAUCAGUGCGUUAUGAGCAGGCAAAUCUCAACUUAAGCUCCAAACAGACAAAAACUGCAAAUUAAGUUUGAACUUUCGGGCAAACAGGGCAGACCCUAAUCCUAUCAUUCAAGAUGUCGGGUUAUAGAAAAAACCGUGCAGGUUAAUAAAAUUAAGGAACCCCACUAGACCGAAAACUGAGGAAGAAACUUUGUUGCAGAUAGAUCAAAAUGGAAUAGAAAGAUAAUAGAAAAAAUCAUUUUAUGACCAAAUUAAAGGUCAAGGUUAUACGAAAAGGCGGUUUUGAAAGUAGGAUCUGAGAGCUGUUUAUGAGACGAACGGUUUUUGCGUUACGGAGGAUAAAUGACGGUUUGUACUCCGGUAACCUCAGAAAUAAGUCAUUGCCUCCAAUGCCCAGAUUAAGUUAAAAAUUGGAGGACAUAUGGGACAGAAUACACCUGCAGGGUACUCAUCUACAUUCUUUUUUAAAAAACGUUUCAAUAUUCAGCUCUAAGAAUUGUUCAAUUCUACCAAAUAUACAGAACACGUUCUGGGAUUAAACAGUUUUCGCAAGAAAAACAAGUGAUACGCGUUUGCUCCCAAGUUGGUUAGUUUUGCAGUAAGAAAGAGGGUAUGGGAUCAUCGACGAUGCUACUAUCGUUUCUUUUCGUUAAACUAUCUACACGCCAUGUUGCGUACAAAUAACCUUGCAUCUGAUACUACCAACAUUUCCGCGCAUAUUUUUUUCACCCUGACUGAUUAUACGCGGUGUAAUUCAUGGCGCGUCAGCAUGCGUUACCCUGCUUGACAGGUCCUGAGGAAGGGAAUCGUAUGAAAUCGAAAUCGGUACAAAAACGCGUCCUCACGGUACUCUUUUGUUUCUUGGUUAUAAAUUGUCCGGCUUGUGCAGGAUUUGUUAACGCGCGCCUUCACGUACGGCUCAUUUGUCUAUCAGUCAGGGGAGCGUUCAUCAGAUCGGUUUCUACGUAAAUAUACUAAAACUGGAAAAAUUCCCUACUUAACCGUCACCUCACUCCUUUACGACGCGCUGACUUGAGUUAUCAGUGUCUUCAGUGCUUGAUUAACACGAUAACUCGACCAUUAUAAGUGACGAGACCAGUGCUGUCUUAAGGAGACUGUGAUGUUGAAUUACCAUGUGCGCUCGUUCUCAGUGGAAAAGACUUGACUCGAUCUACCACACCCUCCUCACACCACCCACCUUCAAGCCGAUCGCGGCAGGUGUGGGAGAAUAGAAUGACAAAGUUAGACAGUUCAUCGCUGUGUGACGCACACGACCUUGACACUAACUACGCAUGUGCCAGUCUUCAUUCGGCGAGGAGGUCUUGGAUCUCGCACUAGUGAGAAAGCCAAAAUGGCCUUAUUAAGGAGUCAUGGCAACCUGACCCUUACUUCUGAAUUGGCAACCUGUCUAGCUAUAAUAGGAGGGCGUCUGGGUAGGCUCAAGGGCAUCAGAUUGAUUUGCCGUGAUGAAUAAUACCCAAGUACUGGUCACACUCUUUCUUCGCCUUCCUAAAGGAUCUGUCCGAUUCAAGCUGAAUGGGAAUGCUGUUGGGCGCAGGGCCAAAUACUCCACCUGCGCCAGACUACACCAGAUGACACGCUUCGCGCGUAAGUAAGAUGUUCGUAUUCUCGCAUGAGGGUUGUUGCAGGAAGGCCUGGGCUGUACUAGUUUGCCAUGGGUUUUCACGAAUGCGCCAUUGACCGACUGGGUUCAUACAGUGUCUGGUAGUCCUUGGACAGUGUUUAGAAGCAAGGCGUGCUGGAUGGGUACAUAAUACAACCCUGGAAAUUCACGCCUCUAACUCUACUGUUUCACGACUUUGCACAUUUUCUUCCUUGGAAUCUAAUAGCUAAAAAUCGCAAAGCAUUCCGUGACUCAUAGAAAAUGCACUCACGAAAUUUCAGCGUCUCAGAGAAGAGGCGACCUAGCACAAGAUGGCGGAUAGUAGGCGUACAUGUACUUACAGUAAGCAUCCUAUAAAUACUGCAACUUCCUGCACGUGAAUUACCCGUAUCUGAUACUGCCUCUGAUGAUAGGUCCGAGCGUAAGUGCGAAAAGUCAUACCAUACAACCUCAUUUUUCAGCGAUCGCUUCCACUUCGUAUCCCUGUACACUCUCGGUUUCAUGGCGAAAAAUGUCGCGAUAUUCCAGAAGAGUGUAGCCUGCCGAAGACAUUACUGGCUUUGCAGAUCUGAUUUGCGAUUUAGCCAUUGACGUCGGUAUCUUAAGAAGUCGUGCUUCCCAAGCAUGCGUAUUUGUUCAGUAAUGUGAAGCGAGUUCCGAUAAACGUUGUCAUGGAUUACUUGUUAUCAUCAUCAUAUCUCGACAUUUUUCUUGCGACUGUCAAGUGUUUCCAGAAUCUGCAUUGUGUUUCUGGAGGAAGUCUUUGCUCCGUCGUUGUGUUCAGGCGACUGAUUAGCAUGCGGAUAAAUAUCUCGUCUUCAGUGAUGCGUAGAGAGUCCGUAGCGGCUUCUGCAGAUUAAAGUCUGUGUUAGUGAACAAUAUCUGUAUUUUUGAAAUCACCUGGGAUUUGUACUAGUCACAACGCCUCUUGAAAUAACAAGAUAAGUUCGCCCAUGAGAUGAGAGUCAUCGUAUGCCGGCUGCAAUUGAACCGGCAUCAGAUGCUUUUUUGUUAGAUACCUGUUUCCCGUUCCAAAUGUCUUUCGUGGCUAGGGGCAUGGUCGAGGUGGCUAUUGGUGUCCGCUUGGAAAAUUCACUCGGUGGCUUCCUUGCAGAUUUUGGAUAGGUUUGAGAGAACACUCUUGGGGUGAUAAGCCCAAACUCCUGGAUUUGCGACUUUCGCAACAGCAGAGUUGCACCGUCUGAGCCGUGCAGUGAUACGGUCUCCUUAACUCUGGGGUCCGCAGAUUGUUUUGAUGGCCGCAAAUGAGUUCUCCAUCUCGAUGUGCUGGGGCCUUGCAAAAUAUUCAGCCAUCUUGCACUCCAUUGGUCAUCAUUGAAGCAGGGUUCGGCACCAGAUGGAUGCGCCUGCGUCGACGUCACCACACCUGUAUCGCAAUUUAUCACGCGUGGUGUUUUUCCGCAGAACAGUCGUCGGAUCUUUUCAUCGUCGCUGUUCAACCAAUCCUAUUGUCGCCGACAUUCGCGACCGAGAACUUCAAGAUCGCUGACAUGGACAACAUCCUGUAGUCCCCUCUACUGGAUCUCAACAACAGCACUUUCCUCUGCGGUUUACGUCUGUUCUCACUUGAGAUUCAUAUGAUUGCUGAAAUGCACUCGACCUUCAGUCCUAUCCGAUAUUACAUUACUUAACUUACUUGAUGGUGUCUAACCGUGUGACCGAGCGGUGGCCCGAUGGGCAUUCACCACUACUCAUCGCCUUGGUCACUAACACAUGGCUUUGGUCACGCUUCCUGACGAGCACGUAGACCAGCAGUUGUUAAUGACGCGAGCUAGGGUGGAUUCACUUUGUCUUUUGCUAGAUCACGAAGGCAAAAGAAUGUGUUGGUGAGAAAAAUAUGGUGUUCUGUACAGGUCAUCAAGAGAAGAAUGCCGUUGUUGUUACAACAACCGAUACCGUAGCGAUCAACACUCCCUGCAGACAGCGUCCCCCAUACCGACAGCAUAGCAAGGAGGGCGUGCAGGUCGUCGCAGAAUUUGUCCCUUACUUCGUCGGAGCUAGUUGCUGGAGGGUCGUAGCGCCGAUGCUGGUGGCCAAUCUUCCACUGCGAAGUGGCAGCCUCGUGGUCACGGAACAAUUAUAAUCUCCACACAUGAUGCAGGAUGGCCGUCUCAAUACCUGACGGUGAAGUGGGAUCCAGCGUCCCAUCUCUCAGUCCGUUUUACGUCCGCUCCAGAAGAGGGAGUAUUACGCACAUGCUUUCCUCAGUUGUCCCUGCUCGCAGAAAUGGGUCUCAACAAGAAGCGCAAUGUCUGCAUUUUUAAAAAACCAGUCCCUGGGGAACCCGAGUCGUCGUCAUUUCCGGCGUCUGGGCCAAUUCGUUAAGUAAAAGAGAAGAAAAACUUCAGGCUGCUGGUUUGAGCGUUGUCACUCUGGCAGACUGCAAGGGAGACAGAGGGUGGGUACAAGGGUGAUUUAUAAACUUACUUUACUGAAUUUAAUCCCUUUGCCAGAAAAACACCCUACAGCGAUCUCCGGUAAACAUGGGGGUUUACUGUGUGGACGAAGUGAAUUUUCUACCUACUUACCAAAGGUCGACAGGUACCAUCCGUGCAGCCAAAAAGUGAUAGGCUAUUUGUUUUCUGAGAAAAUUGCAUAAAGGCCUCAAAUAAGCAAAAGAGUCUUAUUAGCACUGUGUAUCUGAUGUGCUUAGCAAGUACACCUACAGUGCAAUUUUUAUGCAUAAAUCUACGUUUCGCAACGCCAUAACCAAGCCCUCUUUUGGAAUUUCUGUUUUCAGCUGUUCCGCCCAGAAUUGGUGCAAAUGGCGCAUUCCAAAAGACUUUUGUCAACCAAAACUUCCUCAACGCAGUGCGACACCGCCGAAAAACGUAUGUUUGUGAAAAAUGCAACUGUCCUAUGCCAAAAAGGGUAGCAUUUUGCCAAACCGCCGAUGAGAAGCAGGGAUCGGUUUUGACAGUACAGAAUUCCAAACUCCCUCGAACGAUUAGGGCAGUUAGACACAGGAGCUUAAUUUAAGCUACAUAUACCACUUGAGCUCUAAGCCCAACAGGUUAGAAUGACCAUUCUCAAUGAUUGAAAAGACAGAAAGUUCGUUCUAGACAUUACCAUUUCGAUUGAUUUCUUUGAAAACUAAAGUCUUUCCCACUGAAUUCAGGGUGGACGUUUGAACAUGCAGAGAAUAUACUAAUGACUGCAUAGUCGAAGUCCUCUCUUUAAUGGGAGAACUUGUUUUUGGCUAUAUCUCCAUGCAUGCUAUGCUAUGCUGCAAAGUGCCACUCCUAGCCUACAUACGCUUUAUUGUGCGUUCACACUCAACUCGGAGGUAGACAGAAAUGUAAUGGUGCAGAAAUCACAGUCGAGAGUUUGUCUUUUUAAGAAGGAAACUAAAUACUUAGUUAUUGGUGAACCGCGGCCCUUAGCAUGCUUCGGGGAAACAAAGUAGAAUAGUUUUCUGUCCUGUCAGGGCCGGAGCUGAGCACUUUAGAAUUCGGAAAUCAAACUUGGCAUGAGAAAUCUCCUUAAUCAGACACACUUGGACAAGAGGAUCCUAUCAGAAAAUGCCUGGACCCGGACUGAAUUUCUCCAGUGUAGCUUUCUCGUUCAUAUAGGUCUUGCAUUGGCUUUACUUGCUCUUCGGCAGCUAGUUAAAAUGUAGGAAAUUAUGACAACUCAGAAUACACUCUACCCAAAUUUUAUGUGAAAAACAGAAACAUGCAUACACAGUGCGUGACCUAUCUCAUGAAAUGUUGGCUGAAAUUCUGAAAUGCGUUUUCGAUUAGGAAGGAUUACUUGAUCGCGGUUGUGAUAUUGAUUAUCAUAAGGCAUACUCUUAUAGCAUUUUAGACUCGGCAGGAUGUCGGCUUUUAAAUGCACUUCUUUUCAAUCUCCUGUAGAAAGCGUACUCGGUACAAAAUGACUACUUAAGUAGCAUGCAUUUUUCCCAUUGAUUUUCGAUGGUCUUGGAAAUUCAAAUAUAUUUUAUAGAAACCACAAACAAAAAUAUGCUUUCUUUUAGUCAAUCAAUAGAGAAUCACGUCUUCUUUAUAUUUUAUACUUAAGAAAGUAGUAUAAUUAGGUUUUAAAAAAAGUUUCUAAUUAUGAGACUUUUAAGACCGCGAUAUGUCCAUUCACAUAGCAUCGUACCUGGCCGUUUACCACUGCUCCUCAUGAAAUGUACAACAUGGUCCUCAUCCAUUGCAAAAUUUUAUGGACACUGUUUAAUAUCUCUUUAAUGAUAUAGAAAAAUAUGAGAUUUUCUUUCCGCGGAACGCAUGCACCUUGUAGAGUGUAAUUACUAAGCGCUAAUGCAACGAAUGAUCAGGCUCCAAAUUUGUCGGCGACUGCCUGCGAGGGUUUAAGUAUGAGCCCCAAGGCACAACGGAACGAGCAUGCUCCGUAACCUGAUCGGUGAGCGCCCACUAUCAUAAUGAAUAUUCCCGAUCACAACCGACAGGACAACGGGCCCGUGGCUCAAUGGUAGAGCGUUCAACUCCAUGACCAAAGAUCCCGGGUUCGAAUCUCAAGUGAUCCACACUUGGGGUUGGGUAUGACUGGCUGAUGACGGCUAAUAAGCCAGAAAUGGCCAUUCCGGUCUCCCUUGUCUUUGUCGUAUUACCUUUCCAACAUAUAUCACUAGUCGCUGUGCGACUGCCUGCGAGGGUUUAAGUAUGAGCCCCAAGGCACAACGGAACGAGCAUGCUCCGUAACCUGAUCGGUGAGCGCCCACUAUCAUAAUAUAUAUAUAUAUAUAUAUAUAUAUAUAUAUAAAGUGCUUAUGACCCAUCUGGUAGACCCCAGUGGUGGACCAACUGCGCCAGGUGCGUCUGUGCGCAUUUUUGUGUUUCUGGUCCCAGCUGCUGGUGGUCAUGGCAUUUAAAGGCAGGCAUACCAAGAAAUAUGAUUUAAAAACAAACACGUUCUUUGGGAAAAAUAGAGAAAUUGUAUUGGGUAAUUUUUUGAUGCUGGUUCCCCAGGUCUUCGUCAGACUUGUGUGAACGUGCAAAAAAACAAUAAACAUUACAAACCUGCCAGAAAUCAAUAUUCAUUCGGUGUUAACGCCAGUUAGCUGCCGCCAUGCGCAUCAUUCUCUAUUAAUUGGCUCUGGUCCCUUACACUUUUCCCUGAGGUGUUUGUACGUGGCAUCUAACUCAAUGUACCGAUUGAUGCAUGUUUUUGACUUAAAAUUGAGGUCGGGGAUUCUGACCUCUUAAAAAUUCCUGCCUUCCGGAUUGCUUCCGAUGACCAAUUACCUUCAUGAGAUAGAAUUUUAUUCCAGAACGAUUCAAUCCGUACCUAGGUAGUUCCAAUGACAAUCGUCCUGUCUAAACGUGUCUGAUUAUAGAGACUUCUAAUGCGAAGUUUAGGUUCUGAAUGCCAAACUGCUCACCCCUAGUCUCGGCAUGACAAAACCACUGUCGUUGGCACGUCACAUAGUCCUUCCAGUAGCCCGCGCCCUUCUGGUUUACUGACGGAUGGCUUAACAGACUUGUUGGUCGAAAUUGAGCUCAGCACUGAGCACCUGACCUUCGACAGUUGAGCCAAUUAACAGUCACGUCAACCCCACCCGCGGAGAGUUGCUUUUCAAACAGUCUACGAUUUUUGACAGGGAAGUUGCCGUUAAAAAAGAAAAUCAGGGCCUGGGUGUCCUCCGACGGCUCCAUCAACCGCAGCGCAAAUCUGCCUUCCUUCUGCCUGGUUAUACGAACCUACUCGACAGGAGACAGUUAAGGCGUGAAACAAUCGGGGCCGCCAAUUAUUGCUACAUUCGACGAGUACGGGGACGCUACAGGUCACGUGAAGCGGGGGUUCGAUUUCGCCGCAAAGCCAGCUUUGGCGAUCUACGCAUCGGGCAAGAUGCGUCAUAACAUGAGUCACUGAAGAUGAGCGGUCGAAAUCACUACAUGAAAUCAAACCCUUCCCAGUGACCAACUCUUCUUUUGGCACAUAACGAACCCCACGUUUCGCGUGAAGGUCCAUUUUAGCUUCCCAUGCUUCCUAAGGCAGUAACUUGAGUAGCUACCCUGCUAAAAAUGUGUUCUAGGCGUCCCCUUCUAUGACGCCUUUUUUCAGUCGAUCAAACUUUAGUAAAGAGUGGAAAAGUCGACAGCUAUUCUGGAAUAUUUGCUACAUUUAUUGGGAAUGCGGGCUGCAAGAUGAGCCCGCCUGCCGGAUGAAUUGGAAUGUCAAAAUAAUACGUUUUACACUCAAACGAGCGUGGCAUCAUAGCACUCCGACCAUGCCCCCUCAUUCGGCUUAUCAGAAAGUAUUCGAGCAUUUCAGGCAAUUCGGAGUGACUGGAUCCAAUUCAUUAUUCAUAGCUAGGCACAAUUUCGUUCAUCCUGGAAGAACGAGGGCUUGCGAGCAAUCCUCUGACUUUUCGUCAAGAAAAUAAUUAACCUGUAUUUAUCUGCCUACCGAGAAAAUUCUCCCUGGAAACAUUCUUUAAAUCCUUAACCUUUAACUUUGUCUGUACUGUUGUAAAAUCACUGUGAAAUAAUCGUCUCCUAGGCCACUGAACAGGAUCUUAGCAUUGAAGGACUGCCUUCUCCACCAUUGCUUAACAACCUGAAGCCCAGAUUAAUGAAGCCCCAAACAGUAUCGUGCUGAGGCAGUUUAGCCCGUAUUUCAGUUCUGAGGCAACCCUUUGACCAAUUUGUUUGUGUGCAAGCUCUCAGUUGAAAUGUUACGCCAUUUUAAAAAUAUGGUUUUCUCAAAAAUGCUAGUAAAGUCCUUUCAAAAAUGUUAUAUGGAGGCUGCAAAUAAUACCGAUAUUUUGAUGACACCACCUGAUUUCUCGAAAGCAGAUUUUUCAGACGCUCUUCGUAUUGCAGGGUCGCUUACGCAAUCUUCUAGUUUUUUUGUUAAAUGAAUCACAUUAAAUAUAUCAGUUAACCUGAUACGUGGUCACAAGGACUGACGAGCAGAGGUAGUUUGACGGCGCACGCAAAAAGCCACUGACAGCUAGUCGGUUGUUCCCCACGCAAAUGGUUGUUGCGCAAAAUUCGAUUAUUUUAGCACAAUCUAGUUGGCGAGAUUUCGGUCAGCAGUUUCCGUCAAGUUACUUUGUCUCGCAGCUAGAAGUGACUGGACGUAAACUCCCUAUAUCUCAAAAUAUGCAGCACAAUGGCUUUAAACGCGACCAGAAGUGAAACUGACCGAGGCAUCCUGAUCGCGCACAGUUAAGCAAACUUCUGAGGUUUCAUGCAUGCAAAUUUGAAAGCUUCGAUCAACAGGCUCGGAAAAGUUGAGUCCGGGUGAAAAAAAGACAUUCUCAUUCAGGUAUUUUUAAUUUCCUUGGGCUUCCAAGGCAGAAAGAUGCAUGUUGUCAGAUGGUGUGUUGACAUCGUGCUUUACAGAAUCUGAUGCUCAUCAGGGUUGCGCUUGCUAAUCGGGAAUAAGAGAGUAGGACAAGACGAAGAAGCUAUUGGAGCUCCCUAAUCCGACAACGGCAUGGAACAGGACCACACUUUACUGUGGAUCGUGUCAUGGGUGAUUGGCGAUAAGAAACGUUUUACGGGUGGGGCAGCGCACUAGACAUGAAGCUGACGACAUGCAGGAAAACGCAGAAUUUGCUUGGAUUUCUCCCGAAAGCCUCAUCGUACGCUUCCGUACGACAACGGAAAUGGGUGCGGUACUUAAAAAUAAACAAAGAAAUUUCAAACAAUAAAGGAGUUUGAAUGUUGGUUUGAAGUCAUGGGAAGUGACUGUUAAUGGCAGUGUAAUUUCUGCAAAGGCCUACGAAUGGAUGCCAAAAUAGCAGCCCCUAUGACGCGAUCCACAGUCUGUCCUUUUCCAUACCGUUGCCCUCAAAUCCUCUCAGUAUGCUCUUAAAUGCGUUUUUGUAACUCGCAUUUUGUGCUUACGUGAUCACGCGUGAACAGAUCAAGAGCUGUCCAACUGUGUCGAUGCUAACUGACCCCAUGGAUAGUUGAAAACCAGAAAAACAUGCUUCACGGUUUGGCUUAAUAGUCUACCUCAAAAACCGCGUCAACGAAUCGUCGCAGGAAGUUGCCUGCUGCCUGUUAGGCGCCACGCGGACACCUCGGUCAGUGGGACCGUGAAAAGGAGCCGUGACACCGAUGCAGGCCUGAGGACGUCUUUGUUAAGAUGAAACCUUGCCUCCCAGACAGCCAUCGAUAGAUAGCCCCCGACCAUUGGCUGACCAGUAAGGCCAUUAACACUGUCAAAUGCUGAGGGGUAGCAUACCGUCACAUCGUCCAACUUUGGAAGCCGUUCUUUCCGUAAAAUACAAAAAGAAUAAAUAUACGCUUCCUGUUAUGUCCCAUUUUAAUCAACAUCUGUAGACAGUGUUUACUUUGAUAAAUAAUAAAAUCCAUACUUACAAGAGAACUGCAUCGCUUAGCCGCACCCCUACCUGAGGGGAAGUAAUUUGCUCAUUGUUAGGGGUCAGUCACUCAACCGCGUGCACUUACUACUAUCCACUGAAUUUUGACCUAUCGCGAGGGCUUUUCGACGUAUGGUUUUAAUCGCAAGCAAGUUCCCUCAUCCGAGAAAAUUUAUCACCAUGCCAUGGCGAAUUUUUAAGCAGCUGCUGUUGUGGUGGCCUUGUGUCCGUCCUCCAUCAAAGGCACUACCGUUAAAGGGGGAUGCCGAAGACCACCGUUGUGGCAGUAGGGUAGUCGCGUAGGUCGUUUUAUCUUGAUUUCAGAGCGGGAUUUAUGCAAUUCACUUUGACCUUGGAACGCCAAGUUAGAACCCUCCCAGAUGGUGACCUAGCAAUGAACAACUAGUAAACUGGAAUACCACAGACUAGACGAGGGAGACUACAGUGGCUAUUUGUGACUUCUUUUUUGUUGCUGACCAGCUAUCCUCCAAUGCGACCAGGGACGGUCGCAGACAGUCGGUUCGUUGGAUAUUAAGGCCAAACGCUGCGCCGAUGAGCUACGGGCCUUCUCAACUUGAGGCUGAGGUGUGACUAAUUAUUGAUAGCAAAUAAACCUAACAAUAACCCACUCAAGUCUACCGUGCUUUGUCGGUAACGCAUCUUGAUAUUUCAUGUAGACGUGUCAUCUGCCAGCCCCACCCCAUGAGAAAUACAACCGAGUUACCAAGCUGCCAACAAGAAAGUUGUCGUGCACUGGCUCCAGCCUUCUCUUUCCUCAGCAUGGACGAUUGGUCCAUAUCAUAGCACAUGAUUCCAGACUAUAUAGACCGAGAACAUAGAGGCCUUUUAUUUGCACUCGAAGCGUCCCAAGGGUAGGUUAACGCUUUCUCAAAGUCCCAUCAACUGGUUUCCAAUACCUGCUUUAGUAAGAAUACCAGAAAGAAAAGUCUGGUCUACUUUUUAGUUUCUCGCAAAGCUGUCUUUAUUUGUAUCAGCAGCAGCAUCAAGCCACUUCCUGACACCUCUAACCUCAUCAGUCCAUUGUAAGGAAGGGUCUUGUGGCUGCGACUGAAACAUCAGACAUAGAUGGUCAAACCUGUGACGCUCCAAAGCUCUUACCUCUGUCCACCCCACUGCUGACAUGUGGGGGUUUACUCUCGCAACUAGGGUGCCCUAUGCUUCAUUGGUCUCAGAAGAAGAAGAAGCCCAUUUCCUUUUCACUCAUCACAUCUGAAUUUUUACACUCGCUUUAGUGAGCAGUGCAACUGCAUGCGAAAUGAGCCUUUUGACCUUCCUGUUUAAUGUUUUAGGGCUGCAGUUGUCAUACGCAAAUUCGUCGGCCAGAGCGCUACGGAGUUAACUGUCGAUGUUGGGGAUCUCGUCGAGGUGAGCUCUUGUUUAUUGGUGCCUGUCAGAAUCUGCACUUGUGUGUUUUGAAGUUCGCUCAUCCACUAAUUUGAGUGCGUAAUUUAUGACCUUAGGCCUGGUCUUGACACGGUUGCGCAAGUAAACAAGUUGGGGUAAACAACCUGGUACGAAGGACUUGUGGUUGUUAUCCGACGAGUCAUGACGCUAUUGUCUCCCAAAGUUCCUGCCCAAAUCGCACUGAAUUAAUCCACUAUUUUAGUUUUAUUUGAAAAAGGAUUUCUAGCGAUCCUGGAUGGAAUGCGAACUUUGGAAUGACCUGCAUUCGUUUUCCUUUAUCGAAAAAGGUUUUUUGACCAGUCGGUGGAAGCGGUCUCAGCUUCCGCACUGUGGGAGCUAUUAAUUGACUCGAGCUGUAAUGUGGUGCUAUUUCUUCCAAAAUUUACAUUUUCGAUGUUGAGUUAAGUCGGUUUGCGUUAUAGGGCCCACAAAAGGGUAUUUAAUCCGAUAGUUUGAACGCCGUACAGAUGUCUCAAACCCACUGCACUCAGGGAUAUUUUGGUUUUCUCACAUUUUCUGGUCACUUUCCUCAAAUUACUUGUCUAAAUGGAUGCAGAAUUUGAGAAUCGGCUUCACAGCCAGACAUUUAAGGCUGAUUUCAUCAUUUGUGUAAGAUGAUUUCAGUUGAGGAACGUUAUGUGAAACUCCCUAUGGAGUCCUGAUCUACCUGUCUGGCGAGUUGUACUUAACUUGGACGCCGCGUGUUCCUGACAGCAAGACAGUCUGACCGACAGGACCAAGGAAGACCACAAUGGUCAUUUGUAGCAUAUUUUCCGUCUCGGUCAGACGCACUUCAAACCAGGAAGACCCAGAGCUGAAAUUAGGGCUCUAAUGUAAUCGAUAAGCGGUUUGAGUGCACUGCUGUUAAACUCCGAGCCCGUCUUCUGUCGGCGGGUACCAGGGUUACUUCAACUAACACGAGCCUGGCGUCCACCAGUGCAGCCCAGUUGCGUAACGGUGUUGGGAAAUUCCAUUUUACUUAAAUUUCCAUCCGUAAUGGAGGCCGAGACUUCACAUCAUCAAUCGUCCAUAGUCCCCUUUUGUUGCUAGGGCUGAGGAUGGCGCUUAUGACCACGAUCGAGUGAGGAAUUAUCACCUGGAGAUAUCUGGGUCCUACGUUCCGUCCUGGCAGCGAUGUUGUCACCGCCACAGCACUCGCGUCCAGGACAUGGUAGGUGGCCGCAGCGUCACAUUCUGCGCCUAACUGUUAAGUUGCCCAAAUGACCGGCAAUUUCUGUCAUCUAAAGGUUUUGGCAGCCACCGUCCAGCCUUUCACAACAAAAAACCGGCCAGCCCAUCAUGAUGAUAUGCGGCCGCACAAGGGGGCCAAAAGUGUUUCACUUGUGUGCAUGCCUUAUGAGAAGCUCAACACCGAAGAGACGAAAUGCAAGAUGGAAUGCUUAAUUAGUAAUUUUGUUUCAGAGCACAAAUCACCGCCAAAUAUGGGCCUUUGCUGCUGGUAAGGGACGAUCCACUGCCGUUAUGGACGGGGGAAAAUAUAACUCGGAAGUCAAGGCUGCGUUCGAAGACAGGGACUUUUGCAGACCAGCACAGAACUCAGAAGUUAAAACUGUAGCAGGUCGAUUUAAAAAAUUACUCAGAAAAUUCGGACACCAAAAUUUGAUUACGGAGAACAAACGACUCCAAAUGCAAUUAACGGACACUCUUUUGGCUCGAUUUUAUGAUCUGCCAAAGAUCCGCAAACCAAAUGUCCCACUGUGGUCAAACGUUGCCUUAAAGAGAGAGCCCCAGCUAAAAUUCGCAAAAUGGAUGUACGUAAAACUGAGGUUCCUCCAAGGCAAUUCAACUACUUCAGUCUAAUUCGCCUCCCAGUUCUUUAUGAACGUCUGAAAGCGGGGGAUUCAGUCGGACGUCGUUCACACUUCUCCCGCCGAGUUGGGCACAAGUUGUCUUCCGCAAGAAAAUCGAGAAUACAUACGACGAAGCUCAGAACCUCCUCGGAACUGGGCGCUUCAUGCGGCUGUUUAAUUUUUGCCGAAAUACCUACCUUACCUUUGCGAGCAAACGUCUGCGCCGUUCAAAGGUACUCCAAGGGGUUACCCAAUCUCCGAUUAAGUGGUAGAUCUGGUCGCAGAAUAGCAGGGGGAAACUGCCUUCAUUCAACAGGAGCCGAUCUUUUGGCGAGCUUACGCUGACAACGCAAUUCUUAUUAUCGGAAAGAAUAUGCAGUAACAUUUCCAUAAUCUAUUUAACUUAAUUUUCCCGGAUAAACAGUCCACGAGGAUUAACGAAACGGAAGGAUGCAGCUUUCUAUUUUUCACAGCUACUAUCUGUUAACUCACUAACAUAGUUAAAUUAUCAUACUGUUCAAACGGAUCCAGACUCAUUGCAACAGCCCCAAAGGAAAGGCGCCUGAGGACGGAUAUCUUACGACCACUUUAUGCGGAACGGCUAUCCGAAGGCGUUCAUAUAUUGUGUUUCACGGGAUCGUCCCGGAGGACCCGUCGAGAAACAGCACUUAUGGUAUGAUAUGCUCUGCCAUACAUCAAGGACUUAUCUCGGCUCCUUCUCUAUGUGGCUCCUCUACUGCAUGUUUGAUCCGAGCCUGAGAAUAUCGCAGUUCUUCAAGCAUUGUGGCUUGGGAGAGCGUCGACUGACGCCUCAAUUCAGUCCACGCAAUUUGCCCAGUUAUGUGUGUUUGUGUGCAGUGGCGGACUGGUGGAUUGAGUCGGACUGCGACAGCCCUUUCUUACCGUAAUCUAAGGUACUCUCACGCAUAUGAGAUGCAUGCCGCACACCCCUUUUUUGGAGAAGUUGUGCAUGGGACCCGCGCAGAGGAGAACAAUAGAUAUGUCAGUUACUGUUUGUGGUGGCAGACCCAGUUGUAGGUCCACACCGCGCACAUUGGGAUCCCUGCCAUCCCCCAUUGUUGUUCAUUAAAUCCUGGUCAAGUGAUUGUUGUGCAGCAUGGGAUGUAAUGGUAAACCUGGAUGCGAGUCCAACCGUACUAGCCACCUGCACCCUCCCCGCCUCCGGUCUUCUAUGUCUUGACAUCGGACCCAGGGGGGGGGGGUGAAGAUGAGAGAGUCUAGUAGAUGCAACGCAAGUCCCCUAUCAGUAUAAAAGAAAUCACGCGCGAGUCACCGUUCCCACCCUCACCUUGCUGUGGAGCACACGGCGCACAUCGUCGACAACGACGGUCGAACUGUCAUCAGAGGCGACCGAGCGCAUUGCUGUGGGACUAGACGUUGGAAUUGCACACUGAAUCAAAGCUACCAUGCGCGGUAAGGUCGUGCUGUAUCUUAUGCUGUAUCGUAUGCUGCGCCUAAACUGACCUCGUAAUCGGACAUGUUAGACGAAACGUUUGCACGGAUCGCGCAUACAUGAGCAUUAUCUGGCUGUGCAACGGGGUGACAAACUAUCACAAGCGGCCGAUAACACCUACGAAACGGAUCACGAGUUUAACUUCGCAGCCACCAAGAUAAUCGCCCACGCCAGAAGCAAGACAAAUUGGGGCAUUUAUUGGAGCCUUGGUCUCGGAUAAGGACUCAUUUAAUCGAUGCACCCACCUGGCGCAAACAUACAGAGCCCUACAAAGUCAUCUCCGAACAUGCGUCACCGAUUCCUACACCCUAUAAGUGUUGCUUGUUCCGUCGCCGCUUUUAUCGCUGACGAUGGACUCUCACAAAGUUGCAAAGCCUAACCAAAUGAAUAAAUGGUUCCGAUGAUCGAAAAUUUUACCUUUUUAAUGCAUACACUGAGUAUGCAAAUAUUCACCUCUAUUCCUUAUUACUACUUGACUUAUGUAUGAAGUAUCACAAUUUCGUUUACCUACUUAUCCGUCUUCCGGACCCUUGUCAUUGGCUCCGAAACCAAUAAGAACAGCAUCUUGUUGUCAUAUCCUCUCUACAUUGAUGGCUUAACCACGGCUCUAGGGCCCGUGGUUCGUUUUCGUCUUUGGCAUAAGUGUUUGGCUGCGUAAAUGUCGCAUUUCGGUAGUCUGCAACGUUAAAAAAUAGCCAGGAUAAGUACGGAGAGAAUGACGUGAAACUAUAUUAACACCAGAAGAACCCCCUGAUAAACUGGCUUUUUUCACGUUUAAGUAAAAUGAUAGAAAGCGGAUAGAGAAAAACAAGAAACUAUGCAUAAAAUUCCAAGGUUAAUUAGUGACAAGUUAGAAAAGACCACUGAAAUGCAGUUGAGGGAAAUGUUUAACCCCCACAACCAUUUGAUAUAAACUCCAGGUCCUAUGGGCAGGCUUCUCGGCAAAUCAGAGGUGUGAAUAUGAGAUUGCAACACUUGUACACAUAUGGGGCAAUCAGCCAUCUAUAUGCUGUUAGAAGGUAGCAUUUUUGGAAACAGAAGAUCGGGAGAAGGUAAAAUGAUUUAGUCAGAUGUGGUUUUGUAGCCGCACCUGAGGUAAACAAACCCCAACUGCCUGUAAUACGAGACCGGUGGUGAUAGGGUUUUUACAGGUGGGGUCGAGCAAUGCAAAGGCGAUGCGGUCAAGUAAUUGUAUGCAAAAGAAAAGCUAUUGGGAAUGCGCGGUUGUGUUUUGAGUGGUUGAGAAGUAGUUACCCUUACCCCUAUAUCUAACCCCAGAGAGUAUUGUGUCCAUCAGAUGCGGCUACAUAAGCGCAUCCUACUCAUGAUUCUCUAGAGAGGACAACUAGGUUACCUUUCAUACACCUCAGAGCCGUAAACUUCUGUAGACUUUCACUUCUGAUUCAGGAGUAAGUUCGCGGACUGUGGCCAGAGUUUCUGGUGGUUGCGUUCCUCAGCAGGUUUGAAAAAAGCAUUGACUGAGCGCGCCUUAAGAAAAUUAUCAUGCUUUCCAAAUAAUUGGCCGACCGUUUGCACGACUAGUGUCCAUUAAAAAUAGUAGGAAGCUGGCUGAUGUUGGAUAAGAAAUCAAAGAUGGCCUUUUAGGUCACCUUUGGCUUUGUUGUCACCCAUCCAGCUAAUAAUUUCUUUAGUGGUGACCUAUACAUUCCAUGGAAACUGGAAAACUCUGCACUUUCCCCUCACACUUUUUCGUGUUAAUCUUCCAGGUCCUAGACUUGGACGAAACGUGGUGCUGUGUUCGCACAGUGAACGCCACAACCGGACACGUCCCUGCAGAGUCCAUUCGUGUUCUUACAAACAACCUUGAGCAGGAGGGCAGUCUGGUGAGUUACCGCAGUACGAAAUCCUGCCAGACCGAUCAACUGACUGCUCAGGCAUCCAGUCGUCCGGGAACUGUGCGUUCGGCAAGACCACCCUCCGCCUGCGCGAGACCCACGUCACGAGCCGACAAUCAUAAUGGUGCUGACUUUUCCCUCUUAUGAUAAGACCCUCUGUGAACUUUGUGUUAUUUUUUUCCUGUCCAUUCUUAACUGCCUGUUAAAUUACACCUGCACUAGUGAAAACUUUGGCCGAGCCCCCCGAACAAACCGCAAAAUAGAAAAUAUUGCACAAGUCUGGCAUUAAUUUAUCUACCCCUAUUGUCCAUAUGGGCAACUAUAUUUUGGCCAUCAGCUCUGAUCUAGUACCCAUCCGGGUAAAAAAGGCCCGAAUCCUCCUGGCUCGGUGCUAGGGUAUGACUGGGGGAAUGCAGCAGCAGCAACAGUUGCAGCCGUGGAUAGACCAGGAGUGGUCAUUCCUGUGUUAAUUCUCAGUCAGUAGUACUCCUCGGUCUCAGUUUACUCGUAGGUAGGCAACCGCUUUGAUAAAAUUUAGACUGGAUCGACAAUGUAGAGUGUAGUCGUCUGCAUGCCGCCUCGCCACCAGGGUAGAUCUGUGAACGUCACUCUCACGUGGUAGUGCAUUGUCCCGAUCACACCGAAUAGGAGACAACUCGGCUCGGUGCCAGAGCCUUUGUCCUAGCGCCCUAGUAACUAAGGAGGACUGGUUCGGAUCUUCCAGACCUGGGGUGGCAGGCAGCCUUAUGUUGUAACCAAAAUUGCUUCCCAGCGGAUGUCAAACAUCUGAGACCACGGUUAAAGAUUCCCACAACUGUUCGGUUCCUGUCGUAAAUGUUUCCCACAAUCAUCUUUAUUUCUACUUUAAGCACGAUCAUACGGAUUCUCCGAGUCCUGCAAAUUCUCUUUUGCUGACGAACGAUGCUGACGUUGCGGUUUUUGGCCUGAUGAAUGUCCUUUUAGUGCGCAAAUUUACUUGCCCUUCAGUUGUCUUUAUUAUUUAAAGAUAACCAAAGUUUUCUGGUAAAUGAGUCUGGGAAUUAAAUAGAAUAUUUUCUCUUGUAUUUACGCUAGAGGGCCCUCAAACUUGCCAUAAGAGAUCUUGCCUUCCACUUGAAGUGUGCUAACUUGACAAUAUGCGGUUUUAGGGGAUUUUCGGCAAGCGUCGAAAGUAAUAAUUCAAACUUGUUUCGCAGACCAUGUGCUAAUUUCCAGAGAGAAAAAUGUUAGCGUUAACAUUAGGGCUGAGUUUAAGUUUAUGGUUGGAGUUAAGUUUGGGUUAGGGUUAUGACACUGGAGUGUCUACCCUUCCUUGAAUUUCGAGCAAGGCAUCCUGUAUUGCCCUAGGAAAGAGGGUUCCUAUUCCCCUGCCUCUCUGCACUGUGUCUACUUUUGUCUUUGUGGCACUACGAAGUCAGUUUAUGUCGCAAAUCUACGCUUACUUCGUAGUGUUUGGCAAAGCGACAUCUUCAACCAGACCACUGGAAACCCCUGAAACUCCACAUGGAUGGACAGGAAUUCGCGAAACAAACAUGUUCUGUCCAUCUACAUCAUUUUGGCGCCAUAAGCCUUCAUGCUCUUUCAAAAUCCUGCUGAAAUUAGUGUCUUGAUUAUGCAAUUACGAGCCUUAUGUGUAAAAUCGACAUUUUAUACUAUCCAUGCGGACGAGUCUGCGGGCAAGUUCAGGGGGAAAUGGAUAAAUCGCAAGGGAGAUUAAGCACGCAAACCAAGUGUCUACUAAACUACUUCCGUAUUGCUGUCUUCCCGAGCAGUUUUGGGAACAGGCUGUUCUUCCACGCGAGGGGGAUGUAGACACCAGCUUGCUGUGAUCCUUUUACAGGUAGCGCUGAUUGCCUCGAUUUUCCAGACAUAUCGUUUGCAGUCCUAAGCAGCCAUGUUGACGUGAUUUCGACUGGCCUAGCUGUCAGCAGUCUUUAUGUGCGUUCAGUAUAUUUGUCACCUAAUCCACUUGCAGCUAGAGCUUGCAAUGGGAUGGUCGUUCAAGAGCUUGAAAUACGAAAUUAGCGGCAGUUUAAGCUCGUUUAAUCAUGAUAUGCCACCUGGAAAUAUGGCAUACUGGAAAUAUGACUUCUGAAUGGGAAACAAAAAACAAGAUUUUUUUGCAACCGACAGUUCCUUUGAUUUUGCAUUAUCUUGACCGGUUAUAUUUUCUCCGAUUUUCUUGCGCCUUCGCCUUCCUGGUGGAGGAUCCCGAAUAAAUAACCAGCUGUCACCUCUUUCCCCUACCGGUAGACUCAGCCACAUAACCCAGUUAACUGCCUAUUACUUCAUGCCACGGUGAUGUAUCAUGCUCGAUUGUCCUGUUUUUUCGUAGUGUGCUGCUGUCGUGUAAUGAAACAAAUGCUGUUGUCAACUUAACAAUCAAUCUCAAUUUUUGUUAAUUUUCUUAGGUAUCUUUUUAUUGAAUGCAUUAAUGUGAUAUGUUGCUGCGUGUUUAAACACUGGCUAAUACUUCUCCAGGUAAAAGAGCUGCCUCUUCCGACGGGUCGGACACGAUCAUAUCCACCACCGCUAUGCUCAAGCCGUCCCAAGCGUAAGACCGAAGAUUGUUUUUUGUAUGCAGUAUCUCUUCCAAAUCUAUGUGAAUGGAUAGGUGCUAGAACUCAUUUACCUAAUUAUUGCUAUCUAUGUGUUCACGAAACGGGCUGCGCUGUCGCGUCAGACGGAAGCGGGAAUCUAUAGAUGUAUUGCGAACGAGAGGUGGAGGGUUUAUGGCAUUUAAGCCACUGCGCUCCAUUUCAUCUCCGUCGGCUUGCUCAGGCCGUAUUCUAUUACGAGAGAAAAGAGAGAUCAAUUCUGCGCAACCUUACCUAAUAAUCAUAGCUGUGAAGUCAUUUUAGAAUACAGUAGGUUGGAUAAGUCAUUAAAUGCCAACCGGAAUUCCGAAAUGCGUUUUCGUUUCGAAAAGGUCAAUUAAGUAGGGUUGUAAAACUAGUCAGCCUAAAACAUAAUUUUAUAAUAUUUCAAUUGCUUCAGUAUGCUGGCUUUCGAAUGAACUUCCUUCCGGCUGCAUGCAACAACUACACUCUGUAAAAAACGACUGCUUAAUUGGCAUGAAUUUUCCUCAUUGAUUUGCGAUACCCCUAAUAGUCCAAUUAUAUUUCAUAAAAAACAUGCAUAAAAACAUUCAUUCUUUUGCUCAUUCGGUAGAUAAUUACGUCUCCUUUCAAUCUUAUACUCGAAGGUAUGGCAUUAUUCGGUUGUCAAAAACUUUUCCAAUUCUCCAAUAAUUUUGAACUCGCUCUACCGUUACACCUGGAUUCAGGGUUUCAAAUCUAUAAGCCGCAUAUUUUCCGCGUACGGAAAACCACACGUUUCUCUACGGUACUAAAAGGGGGCCAUCAGUGGUUCAUAAAAUUUAGCAGUGGAUUUGAUCCGUAUUGUUAACUUUAAAAGCCACAUUGGUAAAUACAGAGACAUAACGAUUUAUGAACUGCCAUUUCACGGUAUUUAAAAGUCAUACGAUCAGAAACUUUCUUAAAACCGAAUUAUACCCUUCCUUCGAGUGUACGAUCGGAUGGAGAUGUAAUUAUCUACCGAAUGAGCAAAAGAAUGAAUAUUUUUAAGCAUGUUUUUCAUGAAAUAUAAUUGGACUACUAGGCUAUCAAAAAUCAAUGAGAAAAAGUCAUGCGACAUAAGUAAUCAUUUUUUACAGAGUGUAGUUUUUGCAUGCAGCCGGAAGGAAGUUCAUUCGAAAUCCGGCAUCCUGAGGUAACUGAAUUAUUAUAGAAUUAUAUUGCAGGAUGACUAUUUUUACAACCCUACUUAGUUAAUCUUUUCGAAACGAAAACGCAUUUCGGAAUUUCGGUUGCCAUUUCACAAGUUAGCCCACCUACUGUACCUCAACGUGCUAAACGUAAUAGUCCGGGAGUUUGCCAAUUGACAGGACAACUCAAUCCUCCUUCGAACACAGGACCAAGCAGCAGUGAGUCCAUUCUAUCGUGGUGUUAUUGUAGCCCUCACCUAUAGGACAGCCAGUUCAGCGAGGUCUGGCUCAUGCGAAGUGAGUGACCACCACGCGUGUGUCACGCGCAGACAGGGGCUUUGUGCCAGACCAUAAACCUCGUCCACAUUCACGCCCGUUCGUCUUCACCUCGCCUUGGCAUUGGAAGCCGAUGGCCACUGUAGGUGCCAGUGGGUUCGAUGCUGCUAAAAUCUGCCUUGCUCUACAAUCCAACUCACGUGUACGCCAGCACUGAUUCACUGAACUCAUCUUUCGCGCGUUCUUGUGAGAAAGUUUUUCGAAUGUCUGCGCGGUUUGCUAGUGAUAAGUUCGUCUGUGUUGAAGGCAACAGGGCGCGGGGGAUGCGCAUACUAUAAUAAUUUAACACUCUCACGGCGGAAUAGCCAAGCCACCAAAUCUUGCUAUAAUUUCCUUUUUAGUACCCGUGAAGAACCCCCUCGUGGUCGCUAAACAGUUCAAGCCGGAUUGGCAGGAUAAUAAGCGUGCGUACCCUGGAAUUUUAUCUAACGAGUACAAUAACUCACAGCUGCUGACAGCGAUGGGCCUUUAUUCUGACAGAUAGCUGUGCAGAUUAAGUCUAGUUCGUUUUUGGAAAGAAAACAACACGUUUUUGCGUCAAGUAGGUUGAGAAUUAGCUUUACAGACCGCUGCGCCCAGUUUCACCUCCAAGUUUCUAUAUAUAGUCUUGCUAUUGGUGCAGAGUAAUCCGUCCUGUUCACCCUUCCCUCGUUACUUAAGUUGACGCAACACUUGAUUAUUGCAAAUACGACAGCCAUGGCGUAGAAGUCAGUAAAUUGGCGGAAUGCUGGGUUCAGGAGUUUGUGAGCCAGGCCAUAACGGGACCCUUACUGUAAUCCCUAGUAAGAUGGUCAUCCGAGUGUGUGGAAUUGCGUUGAAUUUAUAGCAGGAAGCAGCAGGUUUAUGGCGCACGGAGGCGCGGGAAAUUUGUCCUAACAGCCAUUGCAGCCAAUUUCAUCAUUGUUUUCGACUGCUUCUGGCAAGGAAACAUCUUAGAUUCGUGCUAACCGUAAUAUAAUUAAUGCAUAAAUAAGCACCACAAGGCAGUGGGUAGAGCGAAUAAUGAGCACGUUUUUUGUUCACGUUUUUCAUCCUUUGCUUCCGUGACAUUCGGGUUUCGUAGGACAACUGGGAGAAGAACCCUUCAUUCACUAGGAAGGAUAGUUCUAGAAACCGUGACAGCAUAAAAACAAGGCCACAACUUCCCCCUCCUGUUUCCCUUAUAUUCUUAUGCUACUUUUUGUUUCCUUUAAUGUGCCGUUCAUUUACGACAACUGUAUGUGUUUCGCCACGCUCGGUAUCUCUUAGCUAUAGGGCGCGACCCGAUUAAUUUCUUUAGACUACUUGGUUCUUCAAAGAAGACAUGAUUCUCAGACAUAUGCGGAGAACUAAAGGAUAUAUAAUCAUCACUAGGAGGAAUUUCCGUAUAACUCUUAUUAAUCAUUUUUAGGAUAUUUUACUUACUUUUUCAAGUUAAGAAGACAAAUUCAAAAGGUGAUCUUAUUUUUCCUCGUUAAUGGACGUCCUUCGAAUUGAGCAGUCAUUUGUAGCACAGCUUUAUGCGUCAGAUAUACAAUAUCCGGAAAUGUUACUGACAAAAUGGGGACAUUGAAAGGCCGUUUUUCGGAUUCUUAGCCGUUAGCAGUCAGUUCUCAUUUACUAUUCAACACAUUUCCUCAAAACACACAUGCAUACGGUAAAUGCACCUACUAAUCCUCAGGACUGACUUAAUUGUCGUACUAAUACAGUAUUGCAUAAGAAGGAAUUAUCAAUUAGUAGGUCGGGUAAGAGGAGAGAUUUUGUAACUUCAUUCACGAUAGUGUAUGCAAUAUUUUGAAAGUUUAUAAAGUUUUUACCCAUCCAGUCUUGUAGGAAAAACCUAGCCACAAAGGACUGCAUACUCCGGAGAGUCCUCACUUUGUUCGGCGUUCCAGUGAUUCACGAUAACCUCAAAAAUAGCGUAAACUUGCCGCAUAUUGUUAGCACUGUAAAGUACUACUUUGCUCUAAUACCAAAACCAUCGCAAAGUUAUCUUCACUACUCCCUUCAGCUAGCUCUGUUUUCCAUUUAAAUGGGACAGUUUUUGGUGCUCAAAGAUAACUUCCGCAUUUUCGAGUAUACUUAUUGAAAAAAUCAAAAAGUACAAAACACGUCUUCUGUUUCGGUCGCACUGGAUUUAUUUACUUUUUUAACGGUCUUAUCUUUAAGUGGCAACACUCUCGCCUCACAGCUUCAAAGGGCCAUACGGUCGCUUGCCUCGGAGAAAGCAUAG